AUGUUUUCCAAAAAGCCUCAUGGGGACGUCAAAAAAUCUACACAGAAAGUAUUGGAUCCAAAAAAAGAUGUGCUGACACGUCUGAAACACCUGCGGAUCGUUAGUGGUAAGUCGAAAUUAGACAUUUUGUCGGCUAGCUAGCUAGGCUAUACAAUAGCUUGAUACUACAGCUAAACCAAAGCUACCGAAGCGAGCUCGCGACUUUUAUCUGUUGGUGCAGAGUAACUAACAUACCUUGGUUUGUUACUACUCCAUCAUUGGACAGAUUGGAAGCGUACAGUUGUAGCUAGCCAUUAUAGAAUAUGUUUUGUUGAAUUGCUAUGUUUGAAAUGAAUUUGGUGUGCUGAAAUAAUGUGUGGCAAACAAUACAAGUGAUGUCAAAGCAAUAUGGUUGCAUACUGAUUGUAAUCAGUGGUUUAGGAUGGUCCAUAUCUAUUAUAUUCUGCAAAGAAAUCGAGAUGUCAUCCAUGUUUUGAUAUACAAUCACAUUUGUCAGCAGUCCUUUAUUCCUGUCUUGCCACUUGCCUGCCUUAUGCUCAAUUUGUGGACUAAAGAUGGGACAUACAGUGCCUUCAGAAAGUAUUCAUACCCCUUGACUUAUUCCACAUUUUGUUGUUACAGCCUGAAUUCAAAAUUGAUUAAAUAUGUUUUUCUCACCCAUCUACACACAAUACCCCAUAACGCCAAAGUGAAAACAUGUUUUUAGAAAUGUUCAAACUUUCAAUGGGAUUCAAGUCUGGGCUUUGGUUGGGCCACUCAAGGACUUUCUUGUUAUGAAGCCAUUCCAGCGUUGCUUUGGCUGUAUGCUUGGGGUCAUUGUCCUGUUGGAACGUAAAUCUUUGCCCCAGUCUAAGGUUGUUUGCAUUCUGAAGCAGGUUCUCAAGGAUUUGCCUGCAUUUGCCUCCAUUCAUUGUUCCCUCUAUCCUUACCAGUCUCCCAGUCCCUGCUGCUGAAAAGCAUCCCCAUAGCAUGAUGCUGCAACCACCAUGUCUCACGGUAGGGAUGGUGUUAGACGGUGAUGCGAUGUGCCUGGUUUUCUCCAGACGAGUUCCAUUUUUGUUUCAUCAGACCACAGAAUAAUUUGCCUUAUGCUCGGUCUUUCAUGUGCCUUUUUGCAAACUCAAGGCGUGCUGUCAUGUGCCUUUUCUCAGGAGUGGCUUCCAUCUGGCCACUGUCCCAUAAAGCCCAGAUUGGUGAUGUGCUGUAGAGACUGUUGUCUGGCAGAUUCUCCCAUCUCAGCCAGGGAACUCUGUAGUUCUUUCAGAGUGGUCGUUAGGUUUUUGGUAACCUCCUUGACCAAGAUUCUUCAUGCCUGGUUGCUCAGUUUGGUUGGAUGGCCAGCUCUAGGCAGAGUCUGUGUAGUUCCAUAUUUUUUCAAUUUCCCAAUGAUGGAGACCACUGUGCUCUUGGAAACUUUCAACACUCUAGAAAUGGUUUUAUACCCUUACCCAGAUAUAUGCCUCAUUCUAAUUCUAUCUCGGAGAUCUACGGACAGGUUCUUGGACUUCAUGGUAUAGUUUCUGCUCUGACAUGCACUGUCAACAGUGGGACCUUAUAUAGACAGGUGUGUUUCAUUCUAUACUGAACAAAAAUAUAAAUGCAACAUUCAACAAUUUCAAAGAUUUUACUGAGUUACAGUCAAUUGAAAUACAUUCAUUAGGCCCUAAUCUAUGGAUUUCACAAACGAUCCCGCAGGUGAAGAAGCCGGAUGUGGAGGUCCUGGGCUGGCGUGGUUACUUACACGUGGUCUGAGGUUGUGAUGCUGGUUGGACGUACUGCCAAAUUCUCAAGGAUGAUCAUAGGAAAUUGGAUGCACCUGAGCUCAAUUUGGAGUGUCAUAGCAAAAGGGUGUGAAUACUUAUGUAAAUUAGAUUUCUGUAUUUUAUUUUCAAUAAUUUGCACACAAAAAAUGUCAAAUAAGUUUUCGCUUUGUCAUCAUGGUGUAUUGUGUGUAGAUGGGUGAGACAUUCUUUUAUUUAAUCCAUUUUGAGUUCAGGCUGUAACGCAACAAAAUGUGGAAUAAGUCAAGGGGUAGGAAUACUUUAUGAAUGCACUGUAUACUAGAACCAGAUUGGAGAUAUCAUCCAAUUAAUUGAGGGAGUUCAUCAAAGAACUGACUGCACGACAGUCAGGCCAAUAGGGGUCUGUUUGGAGGAUGGUCUUGGCUCUGUCAGUGACGCUGGGUGGACCCUGUGAACAACAGCAAAUUUAAACUGGGGCUUCCUUUGGGAUUUGUCAGUAAAGUCAGUCAGAAGGUGUGUUCGAAUACCCAUACUAGCAUACUGUAUACUACAUACUUAAUGAGUGUAUAUACUACAUACUAUAUACUAUUAGUUCAUUUUAGUAUACUGUAAACUAACGGUAUCCUUUCAGUUGAGCGUACUAGCGAUUUGCCUGUCUACCGGAAGUUGAUGCUGUUGCUAUGCAACCCCUUGCUAGCUUGUUAGCAUAACAAAUUACUAGCUAGACUUCUUAUGACUUCGGGUGUGUUCGUAAAUUCAAUCUGAAGAGCCAGAGUGCGCUCUGGGCGUUCGUAAAUUCAGAGCGUUGUCAGAUUGUCCAUUCGUAAAUUCAGACCGUUCAGAGCGCACACUGCCCGCACUGGCCGAGGAGUAGGGUUGAUCCGAGCGUUCUGACCUCAAUGGCAGUCAAGCACCCAAGCUAACUGGUUGAAGUUGGCUAGCUUGGUCGCAAAUGGGUCUUCCAAAUGGACAAUGACCCCAAUCAUACUUCCAAAGGUGUGCCAAAAUGGCUUAAGGACAACAAAAUCAAGGUAUUGGAGUUGCCAUCACAAAGCCCUGACAUCAAUCCUAUUGAACAUUUGUGGGCAGAACUGAAAAAGCGUGUGCGAGCAAGGAGGCCUACAAACCUGACUCAGUUACACCAGCUCUGUCAGGAGGAAUGGGCCAAAAUUCACCCAACUUAUUGUGGGAAGCUUGUGGAAGGCUACCUGAAACGUUUGACCAAAGUUAAACAAUUUAAGGCAAUGCUACCGAAUACUAAUUGAGUGUAUGUAAACUUCUGACCCGCUGGGAAUGUGAUGAAAGAAAUAAAAGCUGAAUAAAUCAUUCUCUCUACUAUUAUUCUGACAUUUCACAUUCUUAAAAUAAAGUGGUGAUCCUAACUGACCUAAGACAGGGAAUUUUUACUAGGAUUAAAUGUCAGGAAUUGUGAAAAAACCGAGUUUAAAUGUAUUUGGCUAAGGUGUAUGUAAACUUCCGACUUCAACUGUAGUUAAUAUACUGUUAAUAUACUGUAAUAUACAGUUCGAUGUGUUAGUAGCCAACUAACGUUAGGUAGCUAGCUAACACCUGUGCAUACUGCUGUAAUGAUAUACGGUUCAUAAGGAUAGCGUAACUAACAAAUUGUCAGCCAACAUAACGUGUAACUUAUUUGAAAAGUCAUUACUUUAUUAAAUUUCUCAAUUUUCUUAACGUUUGUCAUAAUUAGUUAAAGCAAUGAAUUUGUAUCCGCUCUCGUCGUACUUUGGCUGCAUAUUUUCCACAAUUUUCUUCAAAUCUGAAAAAGUUGUGAAUCCACGCCCAUUAUCUGAAGAAUUGUAUUAUGCUUGUAUACUUCGUAUUUUUGCGAAUGUAGUAUGACAUCCGGGAACUUUUGGCAUACUAACUAUAUCCAUACUUUGACCAAUAAGCAUACUACAUACUCCAUUUACGUCACAAAUAGUAGGAUUAGUGCUAUUAGUAUGAGUAUUCGAACACAGCUCUAGAGAGUGCAGAGUCCUACUGGACAAUUCCGCGGUAAGCGUGAUGCUGCAACUUCACUUAAAAAUGUAUGUCAAACAAAAACUAAUUAUUACAAAGUUAAACAAACCAUACAACUCUAUGCACAAGGACUACUAUUUCCACAGAACAUUUUACUAAAACACAUUUACUUGAAGAACAGUGCAAAUCAAAAGUUUAGUUACAGAAUGACAGUUUGCAAAUGACGGCACCAACAGCACAAUCAUUGUUUUUUGUUUGGCAUACAUUUUAAAGUGAAAAGUCUGAGUCUCAGAAUCACUUUGUUAUCGUGGAAUUGCUAUACUGUAUUCCCAAAGGGUCCUGAGUUUAAAGCCACAAGCCCCCUUGUUGCAUGGUCUGUUCCAAGGCUUUUUUAAUAUGAUCUUGAGAGGAAAUGGAAUAGAUGGUUGAAUGUUGGUUGAAAAAUAUGAAAGCUUCAUGGCAUUGUGACUUGUGAGUGAAAUAUUGCCGUUCCAUCUCAUGAACCCAUUUCCUCUAUUGUGUUCAAUGCAGUUACCAGGUUUCCUGUUUCCAUUGUCCCCCAGUACAGCAACUACUGUGGGAGCACAGACUGUCAUCAUGUCAUUGUGCUGCUGUGCCAAUAGCAGAGGUUGGAGAGGCAUGUGUGUGCUGCUGAGAGACAGCAGAGCCACAUACUGUGUUAUAAUGUAAUGUGUUUAAAUGAGAUGUUAGGCCUAGCAUUUCGUAUUAUUGGUUGUUGCUGAAUGAAGAAAACAACAUUGUCGAGACUAAUUAAUGUAAAACUAUAGUUUAAUAUCACAACUGUAGUAGCUAGCAAAAAUAUGCUAAUUUUGACAGUCUAAAGACAUGACUUGAGUGCUGUGCUUUAGCUAGGUAACUGUAAAAGCACAUUUUAUUUCAAAAGUAGAAGUAUUGUUCCCUGGUUUUUAGUGCUGCACACAGUGUACACCUAGAGUGGCUUUAGUUUGCCAAGGAGGAGGGAGUAGGCUAGGAACUGCACUCUGUGGAAAGUGGAUGGGUGUGCCCUGACCCGCUCACUAUCCAUGGGGAAUUUCAGGCCCAGAUAAGAAUAAAACAAUCAUGUUGAGGAUAUAGGCUAGGCCUAAUGGAGAGAAGUGUGGCUACCUGACCAUAAUGGCAGCUGAUCAACAGAGGACAAGCUUCAGGCAUGACGCCACACAUGAUGUGUAGCCUAUGCUCAGUCAGUGUUUCCCUUAGCUUAAUCAACAUCCAGGGCUUCUUUAAAGUAAAUGUCCAGUGUUUCCAGAUUUCAAUGAAAUAUGAUGUACAAUAAAUAAGAAUGUGAGUGAAAUAGGUUUCCUUCUAAAAAAUUGCAAUUAAGUAUGUCAAAAAGCAGCUUUUCUGUGUUGGAAUGGUGUGGGCGAACCCCAACAACAGAAUGGUGUGGGCGUAUACCGGUCAUUAAAAAUAUUCAUGCGAGUAGACCGCUCAUUGGCCAGCUAAUCCUCCUCAGGAGGAUGACAUAGCACGUUUUUUGUAAGUGUUUUUUUCCCCCCUCCAAUUUAUGCUUUGGCCACAUGAGUAUAGGAUGUGUCAACAACAUUUGGGUAUGCGUUAACAGAAUAUUAACUUUUAAAAGUGAGAUUUUCACUGGACAGUUACUUUAACCAACAUCUUCAAUUAAAAUAAACCAAAAGAGGGGUGGGGGGUCUAGUUAUUAUUAAAUGUGGAUAAUUUCAAGCAGCUGUAGGCUAAACAUUAUGGCAAAUGGCAAGUGGUAGCCUAACUCACAACAAUAUAUGCCUGUCUGUGUCUUUGGGAAUGAAGAGUUGAUAAUGUCAAGUCAACGCCCUGUCCUUUUAUUGCCCUUUAUUUACAGUCAGAUGCUGCUUAAUUCUAUUAGCCUAUCAGAGAGCAGCUCUAGACAUCGGUGGACAUCACGCUACCAAAAUUAGGCUGUAACUAUCCAAUGCUCUCAAUAUUAUUAUUAUUAGGAUAUCUUGAAGUUAGCUAUUUCAUUAAAUGAAUGAUGCCCUCUUCUGUUGUGUAUGGAACUACCAUAUUGUGUGUCCCAAAUGGCACUCUAUUCCCUAUACAGUGCAGUACUUUUGACCAGAGCCCUAUGGUAGUGCACUGUAUAGGGAAUAGGGGGGCAUUUGGGGGCAGCCAUAGUGUUGUGUCGGAGCCAGGCACUGGUCUGGAUGCAUCAUUAGCUUUGAAUGGCCCAUGGUACUAGUACCACCACCAUGUCAAAAGAACAAAUCCAGACAGACAAUGUGUAUGGUUGGACCCAGUCAGUGUUCCCAAUCACAGUAGUAUGAUCACGUGCUAUAGACGGAGGCUUGGCAUAGUUCAGUGCUGCUGAUUACAUUCUUCAUGUAAACAUAACCAGAGAUUAGCCUCCUAAGUGUUCUUACCCGCCUGAUGCUGCUCUCUUCCACACACUGUAUGCUUCCCAAAUGGCACCCUAUUCCCUAUAGUGCACUACUUUUGACCAGAGCUCUGGGUCAAAAGUUGUGGAUAGGGUGCCAUUUUAGAUGCAGCCACUAGCCUAUCUGAUAAGGAGACUUUUCUCUUCCGUGUGUUCUAUUUUGGAGCUGGAAUAGUGGUUCUGCCUGCUGCUAUCUCAGAAGAGAAAGUAAACAAGAACAUGUCCCCUUCCCUUCCCCAAGCUAGGCUAUUGUUCAGGACAGAGCAGUUCUGGCACACAACUGGGCCAGCUGAGGAAGCUGGAUUACGAGAGAGGGGUUCCGUUUUAGGAUUCUUUGGAUGUGUGUCUGUGUGUUAACUUCAGUUUGGUAGAUAGGUCAUAUUCCUAUUGACAAGAUUACUGUCUGACAAGUGUAGCUCUUCAGCCAGGCCAUGUCAAAAUUAGUUACUAGUGUCACCUUUGGCCCAAAAUGUUUUUUUUUCUUCAUGUUGGUUUGGUUGGAUAUGUCUCAGCCGUUCUUUGUCCUGCACCAGUCUCAAACUGAACCUCCAUCCGUCCUGGCUUUUCUAUGAGGGAACGGAAGGCUUAUGGCCCAGAGGAAGCGACAGCAGGCUGGUCAUGGGAUGCGCUGAGCGGUGUUGCAGUGAUGGAGAUGGACUGUCAUAGAGAGCGGCGUUAGGGUUAGGUUGUUUAGAAGAGGUGUCUGAGCUUUGUGUAAUGUUACUGUAAGGGUAGCCUACACAUAUUGUCUUGUGUUUGGCUGCAGUUCAGAGCCUGUCCCAUCAGUUAUGUGAGAUAUGCGCCAUAGCCCUUAGAGGUCAGAGAAGAGCUCCUGGAGCCUGUCUGUGUGUGUGGCACCAGUGAGGGAGAGUUUCCAAAAUUAGUCCUCAAGAAAAAUUGGUUCUCAACUUCUGAGUCACUGCUAUAGGCCUAGUAUUUUUCUAAUGAUUCAGACAAGAGGAAAUAAAUAACUGUUGGAAGUAUCUUACAAAAGGUUUGCUAAAUCACACAUCCUCUCUUCCUGUCUCUCCCCUGACUCAUCCAUCUUCUCCUCUGGUCUGUUCAGGAUUACAGGGGUAAAUCAUGUCACGGAGGAUUUAAAAGCAUCUUCCCUGAGAUUCUCCAGUGUUCAGUAAGACUGGAAAGAAAGGGAGGACACAUUAUUCCAUGUGUCUCCCUGUUCCUGUUCUGUUUUCACACUGGCAGGCUUCUCGACACUGUCUUGGCAACGUCCUCCACAAGACCCUCCCUGGCUGAUUAGUGUGUAAAUGAAUUAAGAGUGGGCAGCAGGCAGAUCCUCAAGGCUAAUUCAAUAACGUUGUUCUACUGACCAGCCGACGCUCAGCCAGGGGUCAGAAGCCUCUGAGCGUCUCUCCCUAUUGUGUGUGUGUGUGUGUGUGUGUGUGUGUGUCAGGGUUUCCGUUAGCAAAAUGUGGCACCGGACAUUUGACUGACAGCAUUUUAAUUUACUGGACAUUUGAGAAAUGUACCUGACACAUAUGCAUUGUGCUCAGAAUGACAGAAAUCACAUUUUAGAUAAUGGUAAUUCAUAUUAACAGAACAUGCAAGUCGAGGAUGCAAUAAUGUGCGGUCCUUCUUACCGACUUCUGAUGCGCACUUUAAAGAUAAUAGAAUAACUGUCCACAUUUACUUUUUCUCAGCCAACAAGAUGCGUAACGAACAGCAAAGUCACUAGCCUCUGUCAAUGUACUAUCCCCCAUAGUAGAAAAGUGUAGCUAUUCUAUUAGUCAGCUUGUCGAGAAAGACAUUCCAAACAGACUGGGACAGUUGUGGGGUGAUAGCCUAGAUCCCAAAUUCAUCCAACCAGUAGGCCUAGGCUACAUAAAGAAAAGUUAAAAAGCAAUGAGUCUGGUGCAACAGAUCAGAACGUUUAGCUUAAAAUGUUGAUAAACUAUUAUUUAUUUACAUAAGUGUAGCAAUGCGCACAAGGCAAUAGGGUUUGCGCGAGAGUGUUCGUUCCAUAAUGCAAUUAAUGGGAAAACACAGUUGUCAAAGCACCGCGCAUACCAGCUGUUUCCUGUGACCGAGAUGAAAAGAUCAGUUAGAAAUGUAGAAAGGGGGGAGAUCCAAUAUGCAACAACUAGCAUGGGUUGCUAAUAUAACUAGGAUUGUGCAUUUGGCUACUGGACAAUAAAAUAAAGUUGAUAUAAAAUAAUUGCCUCCACGGAUAUGGUCUGAUUUUGGCUAGGCUAAUUUGAAGCAAGGUAAGAAAUGCCUCAUAAUAUGUAGUAAAACGUUCAGGUUUCAAACAAUUAAAUAUAUGUUUUCAAAAUGCGUACUGCCUCCAGCUCAUUGCAAAGUGGUGUGUGACGUGCUAAUGAAGUCUACCUUCCGUUGCCUAUGCAUUUGCUGUUUUAAGAUGCUGUAAGCAGCUCUUGCACUCUCUGACAGAUUUUCCGCUCAGACUCUAUCUUUAUGCUGUACUCGUGUGAUAAAUAAGAGCCUACAUAAUGAAUAUACUGUAGCCUACAGACACGCCAAUUUAAUUCCACAAAAUUAUGCAAAUGAACCUAUAGACCGAUAAGCAUGACCAGUCAAAUGUAUUUCCAUCAGUGAAUAGGCGACAAAUUAUUAUUUCGCAAUGAGAUUGUUUUCUUCUUCUCUCUGACAAUUGACCGGUGGCGAUUUUAUUUUUUGGCUUUUCAAAAAGAAAAAAAAAUGUCCAAAAGCCAGCUAUUACUGGCUAACGGAAACCCUGGUGUGUGUGUCCACUCAGACAGGACAGUGCCAGGGGUCAGGUGCCUUUGAGUUUUCCCCCCAAUUAUCACCAUCCAUCCGAGUUUGUGUGUCACAUGACAGACUGUAAUUAGUGUGUGUGGAAACACUCGUCGGUCAGUUGCUAUUCUCUGAGCAUUGGCUGAAGACUUCAAGGUCACAUUGCUAAGUGUUUAUUGUCCACCAUCAACACUGCUGUUGUUGUGGAAGUGUGUUCUUAAUUUGGGUUAAUAGCCCCUCCAGGCGGAUAGCUCUGAGGUGAAUGAUAACAGGUGGGAAAAAUGACUGAGAAGAAGCAGUGACUGGCUGACUCCACUUUUGAAGUACAGUUCUAGCUACAGUAGGGCCACAAGCUUGUCCUGACCAUGUGACCUGACCUGUCUCUCGCUCUCUCUCUCUCUCUGCAGAAAAUGCUGAGUCGGGGGAUCUGAAGCACUUCUUUGACCAGUACUACUCUCACAUCUACUAUGUGUUCUUUGAGAACUUUGUCACCAUUGAAGUCAGUCUCAAACAAAAAGGUGAGAAUACAAGGUCAAUAAUAUCUGGUUGGUUGGCCUGAAUGUUAUUUUCACAGUAUUAUUACAGGAUUCUUUACGGUCGCUAGUCAUUGUGACACAGGUAUUGUUUCAGCCACUUCCUCACAUUCACUUCUCUUUUGUAGGUCACAAAUCGCAAAGGGAAGAACUUGACUCCAUUCUAUUCAUAUUUGAGGUAAGAUGGUUACUUCUGCAAUAUUGAGAGGUUGUUUUAAAUGAGUGUCACAAUUCUUGAGAGUGAUGGCAUCGGACUUGAUUGGUCGAUAAUACACAGAAUUCAUAAAAAGUAGAAUGUAGUAGGUGUAACGGAGGGUUAGCCUAAGCAGGUUAGUGUGAAGGCUACUGUAAAUCAGAGAUUCGGGUGCUUCUGAGUGUUUUCUAAAGUUGUCUUGAUAACUCCUCAAUCCCCGUGUGUGAAAUAUCCCCCAGACCUUGAGUGUGGAGUCAUGGAAACACACACAUAUAUACAGGCGUGUGCCUGGCCACGGGAUGUUAGACUGGAGGCCAAGUUCACUGAGGCCUCAAGGCUGUAGCAAGAUGUGCUGUUUUAGAUUUCAAGGAUCAUUUUAGCUCAGGGGCCACAUGGAGGAAAAUCUAUUCCCAAGUGGGCCGGACCGGAAAAAUCAUGGUAUAUAUAACUUAAAAACAACAACUUCAGAUUGUUUUCUUUGUUUUAAUACGAUCAACAUACAACAUAAAGCUGGAGCCUGAGGACAGUGUGUCCAAAAUAGUACAAGCACAACAUCACUAUUAAUCAUAAAACACGUCAAGUUUAUUUGAAAAUUCUAAAGAAAAAGAACACACAAACACACAAUGCCUCAGUGAUUAACAGAACUGUUUCACAGAUCACAGAACUAUAUCAGGGUGUCAUUUCUCAGGCAGAAAUGUAGAUAAAAAUAAUGAAAUCCUGUUCCCCAAACAAGUGCAAGAACCACAGAGUCAAUAAUAGGUUAAAUAUACAAAUAAAAGAAAAUCAAUUAAAAACAAUAGCACAUCAACAUAAAAACAUAUAAACAUAAAUCUGAAAGCGUUGCUCAAACUCCCGUAACAGUCCCGUUAUUUUAUCUUUGAACGGCUUCAUGUCUGCCACAUGUUGGGUCGCGCACACAUUUUUCAGACAGGGGAAGUGAGCUGCAAGUUGCGUCUCCCACAAUGACAGCUUCAACUUGAAAGAACGUAUGCUGUCAUAAUACUGCGUGACAACUUUGUUGCGCCCUUGCAGCUGUUUGUUCAAGUUAUUCAGGUGCUCUGUAACAUCCACCAUAAAUGCAAGGUCCGGCAUCCAUUCUGCGGAAUGAAAUUCUAACACUGGUUUGCCCUUUUCUUCCAUGAACUGUUCAAGGCCAUAGAUGUGGUCUUUCUCUCUGAGAAGGCUGUCAAACUGACGGUGAUUCAGGCUUCUGGAUCGGAUGAAAUUAACAGUUUGGAUGACCACCUUCAUGACGUUAUCCAUCUUUAAUGACUUGCAACACAAAGCCUCCUGGUGCAAAAUACAGUGAAAAGUCAAAAAAUCACGUCCUCCAUUUGCAGAUUGCACUUUCUCUCUGAACUUUGUCACAACGCCUACUUUUUUCCCGAUCAUUGAGGGCGCACCAUCUGUAGCCAGGCUGACAGCGCGGGACCAGUCCACUCCGACCCUGUCCAGCGCGCCGACGAGUGCGGUAAAAAUAUCAGCUGCUGUCGUUGUAUCUGUCAUCGGCACCAACUCCACGAACUCCUCGGUGACGGUCAAUGUGUCAUCAACUCCGCGGAUGAAAAAAUGGCCAGUUGUGCAACAUCUGUAAUGUCCGUGCUUUCAUCAAUUGCAACCGAAAACGCAAUAAAUGACUUUACUUUUUGCUUCAACUGUCUGUCCAAAUCCACUGAAAGAUCGGAAAAUCCUGUCUGCAACUGUGUUUCUUGUCAGGCUGAUAUUUGCAAAAGCCUGCCGCUUUUCAGGGCACACAAUCUCCGCUGCCUUCAUCAUGCAUGUUUUUACAAAUUCACCCUCACUAAAUGGUUUUGAAGCCACUGCGAUUUCAUUAGCAAUGAGGUAGCUAGCUUUCACUGCAGCGUCACUGAUGUCUCGGCUGUGAGUAAACACAGACUGCUGUUUCUUCAGACCCGCCAACAGUUCAUUCACCUUCUCUCAUCUCCGCUGUCCUUGAAAGUUGUCAUAUUUGUCGGCAUGAAGACUCACAUAGUGGCGACGAAGGUUAUAUUCUUUCAGCACUGCAACAUGCUCUGAACACACCAAACAUACAGCUUUCCCAUUCAAUUCCGUGAUUAAAUAGGAUUACCAUUUUUCUUGGAACACUCUGCACUCUGCGUCCACUUUUCUCUUUUUUGACAGAGACAUAUUGGGGCAAUGAGGGUGCCAAAGCAUAUAAUGUUAAAAGUAGAAGCCGUAAUAAAUAUCGCGGGCAAAACAAAGUAGCUCAUUGGCUGCACGUGCUUGACCUACUUGCUCUGCCCCGGUAUAAACAGUUUGCUUGCUUAACACAAUUGCUAUUGCGCCAUCCAGUGGACGCAAUUGGAACAGCAGUUUAUUUUAUUGAAAAAUUGCAGCGCAUUUUUAUACUUUACAAUUUUUUUUAUUUUUUUUUAAUCAUCUCGCGGGCCGGAUUAAACCCGUUUGCGGGCCUGAUCCGGCCCGCGGGCCGUACGUUUGACACCCCUGAUCUAAAUGAUCCCACCGCACUCUCCUCUCUCACACACACACACACACACACUUUGAUAAUAAGUAUUUAAGAUGACUUAGUUGUUUAAGGCACUUGUGUGAUAUUUAUUUAUAGACCCAGACAGUGAGCUGAUAGGCAGGUUUUUGGUCCAAACAAAAUGGGUCUGUUUGCCAAACAGCUAAUGGCCUUUUAUCAGUUGACAUGGGGUGUGAAUGAGUCAUGUGGCAUUUCAUCUUCAUAGUCUCCUUACAGGGAGGACCAAGUCCACAUGCUGCAGUUGAGCUUGCAAGUAAGCAUUUCACUGUGCUGUUUAACACCUGCUGUAUCCUGUGCACGUGACAAAUAAACUUUGAAACCUCACAUUUAAGGCCACUGCCAAUGUGACAUUUAAAAAAGUUUCCCUGAGAGAAUUGAGUGUCAGAGUGACUGGGCUUAAGUACAUUUACAUUGUAGUCAUUUAGCAGAUGCUAUUUUCCAGAGCGAUUUACAGGAGCAAUUAUGGUUAAGUGCCUUGCUCAAGGGCACAUCAGUAGAUUUUUCACCUAGUCGGCUUGGGGAUUUCAACCAGCGACCUUUCAGUUACUGGCCUGCCGCUCUUAACCGUUAGGCUACCUGUUUCGGGUGUUGAAAUGUGUGGGAUUAGACAAACUAUUGUAAUGUAGGAUUAUGUUCACCCCUCCCUAGUCUUUCUUUCAAAUAUUUCCAUGGGUAGGUGUGUCUUCACCUCACCUCUCCCAGGUUGCCUCAUGGUCUUCUUUAUAUUGAGUCAGAGAUAUCUACCGCUUGGCUGGUUACCUCAUCCAUAACAGAGAGGCGAGGCAUCUGACGGACUACUUGGAUAAUUGCCCAUAUAUUCCACAACGAAGAUGGAUUAUUUUGUUUCAGCACGGUAGUAAUACUGACACUGGCCUUCAUACCGUUUCUGACUAUUGUAUUCUAUGUUCUGUUUACAGAAGAUUCUUCAACUCCUACCAGAGCGAAUACAGGGUCGAUGGCAGUUCCACAGCAUAGGUACAUUUAUACUAGGCCCUUGUGCAUGUUGUGCCAUUGUGAGUGUGGACGUCUUUAUCAGCUAACGGUAAGUGUGUGGGAGUGCGUGUGUUUUUUUUCUCUAGGUUCUACCUCAGGAUCAGACAUUUGGUCCCAUCAUGUGUUUGAAAUCAGGUUAAGCCAGUUAAGUGUGUAUCGGGCCCACACACUCCUCCCUUGCCAAUGUAUGUCUUAGUUCUGACUGUAGCUACAUGAUCUCCUACAUGAUUUGUAACAUGCAUUUGGAGUGAGAAAGGAAGGAGAAUAGUGCCCUGCGCUGCCCUCUCCUCACCCCUCCACUAGGUGGUCUCUCCUUUUCCACUGCACUGAGGCCGCUGUGCAGUUGGAUACAAAGGCCACCCAGAGAAAGCCAGAGAAUGCCAAGGACCUGGGGAUGAGGGUCUCCCAGGUCUGACCGAGUACUCUGACAUGUGCUGUAGUACUGGGGGCGGGGCGGGGCUGGUCUGGGGCUGGGUGGGUGGGUGUGGUUAGGGCUGGGUGGCUGGCUGGUUGUUGAUAUUCAGGGUGAUGUGAAUUGUUGUCUCCGCACAGGCCUCAUCCUGAAGAAGCUGUUGCACACUGGGAACUCUUUAAAGGUACAUCAGAUUUGUCCUUCACUCGUCAGUAGCAUCGCCAGUAGCCAACCUGCCUCUGAUUGAUUCACAAAUUUUGUUUUUGUAGUAAUCUUCCUGUUUUUCUGUUCUCUUCAUAUUUUGCAAUGGUGUUGACUGCUAUGGGUAUUUGGUAAUGGUAUGCUCAUAGAAAUAGACUCACUAGAGUCGAUUUCUAUGAGUAUGUUCCUGACGGUGUCUCUCUCUCUCUCCCCUGUAGAUUCGAAGGGAGGGUGUGCGUCUGUUCUUGCUAUGGAUGCAGGCCCUGCAGGGUAACGCACUGAGAGAGCAGCUAUGGAUCUUUGCCUGUCUGAUCCCUGGCUUCCCAUCCCCUCAGUCAGAGCUGGGCCCCCGAACCCUGGACAACCUGGUCAACCCCCCUCUCAGCCUCCAGGAGAGUCAGUAUUAAUGCUUUGUCUCUACACCUUAAUGCUUUGUCUCUACACCGAUCACCUUGCUAGUGACUAGUUAAUAGGAAGAAGCUUGAGGUUGACUGUUCUGCAACCCAACAAAUAUUUCAGAUUCAAACUCGUAUGGGCAAUUUCAAACUUAAUGAUCAUUCAGGCACCCAAUUAUUGAACACACAACUGUGGGUGUACCUCUCAAGGUGUUGAUUCUGCUGCUUUCAUUCCUCUCUCCUCCUUUCUCUUCCCUCCUUCUUCCAUUCCUUCAGCUCAAGUGACUCCAGAAGAGAUCAGUCCCCUGGUUCCUCCACAGUCAGGGGAUAAGGGCCAGGAAGACCUCACAGGAUACUUUCUAGAGGCUCUUCUGAAAUACAUGGUAAACCAGGUACUCUUCCCUUCAUUACUAACACUGCUAACAUGCUUGGCGUGGAUGCAGCAUUACCUACUACCUACCAGCAAGCCUUUUGACAUGGCCUUCUGUGUGUUUGCAAGUGCAAACGACCAUAACCCCAUGAAAAGUGGCUUACAUCAUUUUAAGUCAAGCAGUACAUUUCAGCAGUACUCAAGACUGAAACAGGAUUAACAACAUAGCUCAUAUGUAUAGCUUUUUUCCACAUUAUUAACGCGAGCUUGUGGAACGGAGUUAAGAACGUGCCGUAAACUCACUUCACAGCUAGCUUGAAAUGUCACGGAUGGAGCCAUCCAGUCAGUACCUUUUUGGGUGGCUCAACCCAUUGCAACGUUGUCAGGGGGAUGGUCCUGUGUGUUGCGAAGCAGAGGAUCACUGGUUUGAGCUCAGUUUGGGGAGGUUGGACAGUAGAAUAAGCUAAGCUGUUAGAAACACACUGACCCCCAUUACAUGUUGCAUCUGCAUGCUUUCACUGCAGUGCACUGUAUGCUGACACACUCACUGAGCUAACGGCUGAGCUGCUUUCUCUCUCCCUGGCUUUCCCAGACAAAGCCUCCUCUCACUGCCUGUCUCUGUUAUUCUCUUUGUUAACAGUAGUCUCUUGUUGUGUUGAAGGUGAUUCUCAUGAAACCAGUUUUAACCAUGGCAGUAGCAAAUUGAGUUAGAAAACCAUGAAGCAUCUGCAACAAUCAACUAUCAUUCUGAAGACUAGGAUGCUUAGUUUAUGGCACAGUGUCUUAUUUUUAAAAUUUUUUUACAUUUUCACCCCAAAAUCUCAUUACCGAAAUGCGUCCGGAUUAAAUUCUAAAGUUAUUUUAUACAAUUAUACUUCAGAAAAAAACUAAGUUAUUUGAAUAAAACACCAAAUAUGUUGCUGUAGUUUGUCCAUAAAUCAUACAAAUUGUAUAGUAGUUGAAGUUUACAUUAAACUAUAAUAUUUAAGUAAAGUCAGUUUCUCAUUACGUAACACUUUUUCAAGUUGCUUUAUUUUUUUGAUAAAGUUUUAUUCACCUGAUGCAUCAUCUAGAGAAGUAGUCAUUUUCUAGAGAAGAAGUUCAUUUAAUUUCUUCACUUAUAUGCCUCCAGAAUGAGGAUCUUAUUCUCAAACACCCCCUUUACGACACUUGACCUUCUCAUUAUCGAAUUGACUAAAAAGAUCAGAUUGGGAAAAACUUAGAGAACCAUUACCUUACCAACAUGGAGGCAUGAUUGGGCUUUAGUAAUGUGGUCAACUGUUUGCUGACUGAUAAUGGCUGUCUCCUAUUACUUUCAGAUUGAGCGAAGGGCCUCUCAUUACCGAAACACAACUUUCUCAUUACUGCAUAAUCUUAAGGUUCGUUUCGCUAAUAAGAACCUUAAUUUCGUUAAUGAUAAUAAGCUAAUUCUAAUAAUGUAUAGUUAGUGGGUGUGCUGUGCUGGUAACUUCAAUUAUUUACUAGGACAACUGCUUACACCUAUUGUAUAGAUUUGUUUGUACAAAAUCGUGAUUUGAUUAAGUAAGUGUUGUCAAUAAAUAUAGGUGUAUAAACCUCAUUUAAUUGACUUAAAGCCACAAUCUAGAGUUUGUGUUUUCAGCAAAGAGCAACCCCACCACUAAAAGGAGGAUAUCCCCCAUUUUGACCUGUACCCACUUACCUAUACUGUUUAUUGAUAUCCCAAGACAGUUUUUGGUCCAUAUCCCAUAUAUUUAGAUACUUUAUAGGCAUAUAAUGUUAUGUCAUUUGCCCGUAGGAUCCCAUUAAAUUUAGAAAUACAUCUAAAAUAUCUUAGGACCACACAUAUCUACGUCCUAAUAGACCAAUAUUACCUGUAAAGACCUUGGAGAAAUUACUUUUUUGAAGAAAGUCACUUUUUCAUACUUAAUUCCACUUUUUACUUUUGAAAAUACAUGCACAUACUUAUGCUAAAAUAACAAAUGCUACAGUUUGAUGAUGUAUUGGGUUACUGAAAAAUGUAACAUAUGCUUUAUUUUGGCUUAAUCUGAAAGUGUCUUUUGUUCUUUAUCCAAAAUGUGUAGAUAAAAAGAUCAUGUCUACACAGGUUAUUAUGACAAACAAGACUCAGAAAAGGUUAUGUGUUGCGGUAAUGAGAGAAAUUACAAAAUACAUUUUAAUAAUUCGAUUUUAAAUCUACACUGAACAAAAAUAUAAACGCAGCAUGCAACAAUUUCAAUGAUUUUCCUGAGUUACAGUUCAUAUAAGGAAAUCAGUAAAUUCAUUAGGCCUUAAUCUAUGGAAUUCACAUGACUGGGCAGGGGCGCAGCCAUGGGUGGGCCUGGGAGGGUGGAGGCCAACCCACUUGGGAGCCAGGCCCACCCACUGCAGAGCCAGGCCCAGCCAAUCAGAAUACGUCUUUUCCCCAAAAAUGACUUUAUAUUACAGACAGAAAUACUCCUCAGCACCCCCUCCCCCAACUCCGAUGAUCCCGUAGGUGAAGAAACCGGAUGUGGAGGUCCUGGGGUGGCGUGGUUACACAUGGUCUGCGGUUGUGAGGCCGUUUAGACGUAGUGCCAAAUUCUCUCAAAUGACUUUUGAGGCGACUUAUGGUAGAGAAAUUAACAUUCAAGAGUGUGCAAAGCUGUCAUCAAGGCAAAGGGUGGCUAUUUGUAGAAUCUCAAAUAUAAAAUAUAUUUUGAAUUGUUAACACCUUUUUGGUUACUACAUGAUUCCAUAUGUGUUAUUUCAUAGUUUUGAUGUCUUCACUAUUAUUCUACAAUGUAAAAAUUAAGAAAAACCCUUGAAUGAAUGGUAGUGUGUGUGUGUGUGUGUGUGUGUGUGUGUGUGUGUAUAUAUAUAUAUAUAUAUAUACACACACACACAGUUGAAGUCGAAAGUUUACAUACACUUAGGUUGAAGUCAUUAAAACUCGUUUUUCAACCACUCCAAAAAUAUAUUGUUAACAAACUAUAGUUUUGGCAAGUCGGGUAGGACAUCUACUUUGAGCAUGACACAAGCAAUUUUUCCAACAAUUGUUUACAGACAGAUUAUUUCACUUAUAAUUCACUGUAUCACAAUUCCAGUGGGUCAGAAGUUUACAUACACUAAGUUGAAUGUGCCUUUAAACAGCUGGGAAAUUGGCUUUAGAAGCUUCUGAUAGGCUAAUUGACAUAAUUUGAGUCAAUUGGAGGUGUACCUGUGGAUGUAUUUCAAGGCCUACCUUCAAACUCAGUGCCUCUUUGCUUGACAUCAUGGGAAAAUCAAAAGAAUCAGCCAUGACCUCAGAAAAAAAUUUGUAGACCUCCACAAGUCUGGUUCAUCCUUGGGAGCAAUUAACAAACGCCUGAAGGUACCGCGUUCAUCUGUACAAACAAUAGUACGCAAGUAUAAACACCAUGGGACCACGCAGCCGUCAUACUGCUCAGGAAGGAGAAGCGUCUCCUAGAGAUGAAUCUACUUUGGUGCGAAAAGUGCAAAUCAAUCCCAGAACAACAGCAAAGGACCUUGUGAAGAUGCUGGAGGAAACGGGUACAAAAGUAUCUAUAUCCACAGUCAAACGAGUCCUAUAUUGACAUAACCUGAAAGGCCGCUCAACAAGGAAGAAAAGCCAUCAAAAAGCCAGACUACGGUUUGCAACUGCACAUGGGGACAAAGAUCGUACUAUUUGGAGAAAUGUCCUCUGGUCUGAUUAAACAAAAAUAGAACUGUUUGGCCAUAAUGACCAUCAUUUAUGUUUGGAGGAAAAAGGGGGUCGCUUGCAAGCCGAAGAACACCAUCCCAACCGUGAAACACGGGGGUGGCAGCAUCGUGCUUUGCUGCAGGAGGGACUGAUGCACUUCACAAAAUAGAUGGCAUCUUGAGGAAGGAACAUUUUGUGGAUAUAUUGAUGCAACAUCUCAAGACAUCAGUCAGGAAGUUAAAGCUUGGUCGCAAAUGGGUCUUCCAAAUGGACAAUUACCCCAAGCAUACUUCCAAAGAUGUGGCAAAAUGGCUUAAGGACAACAAAGUCAAGGUAUUGGAGUGGCCAUCACAAAGCCCUGACCUCAAUCCUAUAGAAAAUGUGUGGGCAGAACUGAAAAAGCGUGUGCGAGCAAGGAGGCCUACAAACCUGACUCAGUUACACCAGCUCUGUCAGGAGGAAUUGGUCAAAAUUCAUCCAAUUUAUUGUGGGAAGCUUGUGGAAGGCUAUCCGAAACGUUUGACCCAAGUAAAAACAUUUAAAGGCAAUGCUACCAAAUACUAAUUGAGUGUAUGUAAACUUCUGACCCACUGGGAAUGUGAUGAAAUAAAUAAAAGCUGAAAUAAAUAAUUCUCUCUACUAUUAUUCUGACAUUUCUCAUUCUUAAAAUAAAGUGGUGAUCCUAACUGACCUAAGACAGGGAAUUUGUACUAGGAUUAAAUGUCAGGAAUUGUGAAAAACAGAGUUUAAAUGUAUUUGGCUAAGGUGCAUGUAAACUUCCGACUUAAACUGUGUGUGUGUGUGUGUGUGUGUAUAUAUAUAUUUUUUUUUAAGUCAAGUGCCAGUUUCAUGAGAAUCACCCUGUUGUUGUCUUCCCACCUGUAGGCCAAAAGUCUGGAGUGGAAGUGCAAAGACAACCACGAGAAGGGCUUCGCAUUCCUGUUUGGAAACUUCAGGAAAUAUUACCUGCCGCACAUAUUCCCAACCUUUUCCAAGGAAACCAGUUUGUACAAUCCCAUACUGGGUGAGGAGACCAUUUGAAUUAGUAUGAGCUAAAGAAACAGAAUUACUUAUUUUUUUAGACAUUCAGUGGCUUGCGAAAGUAUUCACCCCAUUUUUCCUAUUUUGUUGCCUUACAACCUAGAAUGAAAAUUGAUUUUUUGGGGGUUUGUAUCAUUUGAUUUACACAACAUGCCUACCACUUUGAAGAUGCAAAAUAUUUUUUAUUGUGAAACAAACAAGAAAUAAGACCAAAAAACUGAGAACUUGAGCGUGCAUAACUAUUCACCCGCCCAAAGUCAAUACUUUGUAGAGCCACCUUUUGCAGCAAUUACAGCUACAAGUAUUUUGGGGUGUCUCUAUAAGCUUGGCACAUCUAGCCACUGGGAUUUUUGCCCAUUCUUCAAGGCAAAACUGCUCCAGCUCCUUCAAGUUGGAUGGGUUCCGCUGGUGUACAGCAAUCUUUAAGUCAUACCACUGAUUCUCAAUUGGAUUGAGGGGUGGGCUUUGACAAGGCCAUUCCAAGACAUUUAAAUGUUUCCCCUUAAACCACUCAAGUGUUGCUUUAGCAGUAUACUUAGGGUCAUUGCCCUGCUGGAAGGUGAACCUCCAUCCCAGUCUCAAAUCUCUGGAAGACUGAAACAGGUUUCCCUCAAGAAUUUCCCUGUAUUUAGAGGCAUCCAUCAUUCCUUCAAUUCUGACCCUUUUCCCAGUCCCUGCCGAUAAAAAAACAUCCCACAGUAUGAUGCUGCCAUCACCAUGCUUCACUGUGGGAAUGGUGUUCUCGGGGUGAUGAGAGGUGUUGGGUUUGCGCAAGACAUAGCGUUUUCCUUGAUGGCCAAAAAGCUCAAUCUUAGUCUCAUCUCCUCAUCUGCUUAUUUUUUUCUUUAAGCAAUGGCUUUUUUCUGGCCACUCUUCCGUAAAGCCCAGCUCUGUGGCGUGUGCGGCUUAAAGUGGUCCUAUGAACAGAUACUCCAAUCUCCGCUGUGGAGUUUUGCAGCUCCUUCAGGGUUAUCUUUGGUCUCUUUUGUUGUCUCUCUGAUUAAUGCCCUCCUUGCCUGGUCCGUGAGUUUUGGUGGGCGGCCCUCUCUUGGCAGGUUUGUUGUGGUGCCAUAUUCUUUCAAUUUUUUAAUAAUGUUCAAAGUUUCAGAUAUUUUUUUAUAACCCAACCCUGAUCUGUAAUUCUCCACAACUUUGUCCCUGACCUGUUUGGAGAGCUCCUUGGUCUUCAUGGUGCCGCUUGCUUGGUGGUACUCUUUGCUUAGUGGUGUUGCAGACUCUGGGGCCUUUCAGAGCAGGUGUGUAUGUAUACUGAGAUCAUGUGACAGAUCAUAUGACACUUAGAUUGCACACAGGUGGACUUUAUUUAACUAAUUAUUUGACUUCUGAAGGUAAGGUCUUAUUUAGGGGCUUCAUAGCAAAGGGGGUGAAUACAUAUGCACACACCACUUUUCCAUUAUUUAUUUUUUAGAAUUUUUUGAAACAAGUAAUUUUUUUCAUUUCACUUCACCAAUUUUGACUAUUUUGUGUAUGUUCAUUACAUGAAAUCCAAAUUAAAAAUCAAUUUAAAUUACAGGUUGUAACGCAACAAAAUAGUAAAAACGCCAAGGGGGAUGAAUACUUUUGCAAGGCAAUGUACUAAAGUAGAUUUUAGUUUUGCAUUAUACUAUAGCGGUGCAGUGUGCAUAAAGUCCAUUGAUACCCUUUUGACUCUACUGAGCCGAGCUGAACUAGCCUUGAUAUACAUCAAUGUACAUGCAUACAGUGGGGAAAAAAGUAUUUAGUCAGCCACCAAUUGUGCAAGUUCUCCCACUUAAAAAGAUGAGAGAGGCCUGUAAUUUUCAUCAUAGGUACACGGCAACUAUGACAGACAAAAUGAGAAAAAUAAAUCCAGAAAAUCACAUUGUAGGAUUUUUUAAUGAAUUUAUUUGCAAAUUAUGGUGGAAAAUAAGUAUUUGGUCAAUAACAAAAGUUUGUCAAUACUUUGUUAUAUACCCUUUGUUGGCAAUGACACAGGUCAAACGUUUUCUGUAAGUCUUCACAAGGUUUUCACACACUGUUGCUGGUAUUUUGGCCCAUUCCUCCAUGCAGAUCUCCUCUAGAGCAGUGAUGUUUUGGGGCUGUCGCUGGGCAACACGGACUUUCAACUCCCUCCAAAGAUUUUCUAUGGGGUUGAGAUCUGGAGACUGGCUAGGUCACUCCAGGACCUUGAAAUGCUUCUUACGAAGCCACUCCUUCGUUGCCCGGGCGAUGUGUUUGGGAUCAUUGUCAUGCUGAAAGACCCAGCCACGUUUCAUCUUCAAUGCCCUUGCUGAUGGAAGGAGGUUUUCACUCAAAAUCUCACAAUACAUGGCCCCAUUCAUUCUUUCCUUUACACGGAUCAGUCGUCCUGGUCCCUUUGCAGAAAAACAGCCCCAAAGCAUGAUGUUUCCACCCUCAUGCUUCACAGUAGGUAUGGUGUUCUUUGGAUGCAACUCAGCAUUCUUUGUCCUCCAAACACGACGAGUUGAGUUUUUACCAAAAAGUUAUAUUUUGGUUUCAUCUGACCAUAUGACAUUCUCCCAAUCCUCUUCUGGAUCAUCCAAAUGCACUCUAGCAAACUUCAGACGGGCCUGGACAUGUACUGGCUUAAGCAGGGGGACACGUCUGGCACUGCAGGAUUUGAGUCCCUGGCGGCGUAGUGUGUUACUGAUGGUAGGCUUUGUUACUUUGGUCCCAGCUCUCUGCAGGUCAUUAACUAGGUCCCCCCGUGUGGUUCUGGCAUUUUUGCUCACCGUUCUUGUGAUCAUUUUGACCCCACGGGGUGAGAUCUUGCGUGGAGCCCCAGAUCGAGGGAGAUUAUCAGUGGUCUUGUAUGUCUUCCAUUUCCUAAUAAUUGCUCCCACAGUUGAUUCCUUCAAACCAAGCUGCUUACCUAUUGCAGAUUCAGUCUUCCCAGCCUGGUGCAGGUCUACAAUUUUGUUUCUGGUGUCCUUUGACAGCUCUUUGGUCUUGGCCAUAGUGGAGUUUGGAGUGUGACUGUUUGAGGUUGUGGACAGGUGUCUUUUAUACUGAUAACAAGUUCAAACAGGUGCCAUUAAUACAGGUAACGAGUGGAGGACAGAGGAGCCUAUUAAAGAAGAAGUUACAGGUCUGUGAGAGCCAGAAAUCUUGCUUGUUUGUAGGUGACCAAAUACUUAUUUUCCACCAUAAUUUGCAAAUAAAUUCAUUAAAAAUCCUACAAUGUGAUUUUCUGGAAAAAAAAUUCUCAUUUUGUCUGUCAUAGUUGCCGUGUACCUAUGAUGAAAAUUACAGGCCUCUCUCAUCUUUUUAAGUGGGAGAACUUGCACAAUUGGUGGCUGACUAAAUACUUUUUUCCCCACUGUACAUAUGUACAUACAUACAUGCAUACAUACAGUGCAUUCGGAAAGUAUUCAGACCCCUUCCUUUUUUCCACAUUUUGUUACAUUACAGCCUUAUUCUAAAAUGGAUUAAUCGUUUUUUUCCAUCAUCAAUCUACAGACAAUACCCCAUAAUGACAAAGCAAUAACAGUUUUUUAGAAAUGUCUGCUAUUUGUUUUUUUUAUAUAUAUAAAUAAAAUAUCACAUUUACAUAAGUUUUCAGACCCUUUACUCAGUACUUUGUUGAAGCACCUUUGGGGUCAAGGGGUCUGAAUACUUUCUGAAUGCACUGUACAUACUCCGACAUUGCUCGUCUUAAUAUUUCUAUAUUUCUUAAGUCCGUUCUUUUCAUUUUAGCUUUGUGUUCGUUGUUGUGUAUUGCUAGAUAUUAAAGCACCAUUGGAGCUAGGAACACAAGUAUUUCGCUACACCUGCAAUAAAAUCUGCUAAAUAUAUGUAUGCGAUCAAUACAAUUUGAUUUGAUUUGACCAUAUGCUUGAACCAUGUUGGAAAGAAAAUAUCAGAGCCAGCACAGUACGGGUAGCACAAUGAUGUGAAAAGGGUAAUAGCGAAACAUCUGCAUUCUCUAUUCAAUCUCUCUGUCUGUCCCCCCUCCAGAGGUUCCAUCAAUGAGACCAAAGCCUUACUACAGUGUAGUGAAGAGAGACCCAGAGACCAACGAGGCAGUGUACUGUACCAAGGAGAGCCUCCUCAACGCCCGGGUCAUCUUCAUCCGCUGGCUGGUGUCCUUCUGGCUGGAGCCACGCUCCAACACUGGAACACACAUCCCUGGGGUGGAUGGAGAGAGGGAGAGCGUGCCAAAAAACAUCCAGGUAAUCAUUGUACUACACCCACCUGAGGGGAGAGUUUGCCAGUGUUAGCACAACGUAUAUAUUAUAUCUAGGUACAUGGAUGGAACUUUUGGGCACUGGCCAGCCGGGCUACUGGACAACAAUCUUUACUAGCCCUUGUCCAAAUGUUGUGCCAUGCAAUAUUUUCCAUCCCUGUCUAGGUAUCAUAGAGAGAGUGUGCCAAAAAACAUAUAGGUAGGUCAUGCAGGCAGCAGCACACCUGAGGGAAGGUAAGAGGUAUGAAGGGUUAGCAUAAUUAUAUCUUCACAUUAAACACAGCCUCUGGGACAGCUUUUGAGUUGUGGUAUUGCUCGGUCUGUGGGUUUUACUAGUGAACCUCCAACACAUGCAUUGUGUUACAUAUAUUUACCAGGCCUUAUCGAAGCUGUAACGGUGGUCACUGAUGAUUGUGUUUCUCUGGAUGUCUUCCAGAGGGCAGCAGCUGGGCUGGCAGCGCGGGGACAUGGGCUGGGGGAGGACUUAGGCCCCAGGGCAGACAGCCUGGAUGGAGGGAUGGGUUGUGAGCAGGAGCAGUCCCACUCUAACACCUCCACCUUGACCGAGAGGGAGCCCAGCUCCUCCAGCCUGUGUAGUAUGGACGAGGAGCACCUCACUGACAUGGAGGUUGUGAGAAGAGUCCUCUGUUCCUCCAGGACCAACGUCAACUUCAUCACUGAGAUUUUCCGACAGGUACAGCACACUUACUCACACAGUACAUUGUGUUUUGCUCAUUGUAAUAAAUACAUUUCACACCUUGGGAUCAAUACAUUUCUACUACUACUACUGGGUCGUUACACAAAAUCCCCUUUUGGUCCUUUAAAAAAUAUUUUAAGUAGAAAUUGGGCACCAAUAUUGAAUUGUAAAGGCCUGUUAUAUUAAAGCUGCACUAUGCCGAUAUUGCUCCGCCAUUUCCUAGUUGCUAAAAUUAUAAUAGCCUAAUUUUCAGUUUAUGUAUUUGGUAUUUUGUGGUAUUUUAUUAGGAUCCCCAUUUAGCUGUUGCAAAUGCAGCGGCUACUCUUCCUGGGGUCCACACAAAACAUGAAACAUGACAUAAUACAGAACAUUAAUAGACAAGAACAGCUCAAGGACAGAACUACAUAAUAUAUAUUUUUUAAAAGGCACAUGUAGACUACAUACACACAAACUAUCUAGGUCAAAUAGGGGAGAGGCAUUGUGCCGUGAGGUGUUGCUUUAUCUGUUUUUGAAACCAGGUUUGCUGUUUAUUUGAGCAAUAUGAGAUGGAACGAUGUGACAGUGUAGAGAAUCAUUGUACCAUCUAAACCACUGUGAAAUAUAUUUUCCAUAACCCAAAAUAUUGUAUUUUCAGCUGUUUGAAGCUGGUGUACAAACCGAAAGUAAAAGACGCAAAAAAGAAAUGUAAGAACGGGAAGCAUAGAUAUAGCGCGCAUAGAAUCUAUUUACAGCUUCUUAGACUUGCUUUUAAUGAGAAAGACAGAUCUAUCUCACAUUUCUAUGUGAAUUUGGUUGGGUCGCCCAAUAAGUUACAUAUUGCAGCUUUAAAUGAAGUGCCCUUUAAUAUAGACCACAUGGAAAAUUCAUUAAAUCCGAUUUUUUUAAUAUGAAUAAAGACUUGCUAAAGUGCCAAUAUUCAGCAGUUUGACAUGUACCUCUGUGCCCUUUGUGACUUCUAGAAAUAUUUUAACGCACUUAACCCCCAAUUUUCUCCACUAGUUUUCCAUCCAAUUUGCGAGAGUUUUUCAUGCGACUAUUCUAAAAUCCGAAUAAAGAAAAUAUGCGCAUUUUCCCACCAGUGGAUUGUUUCCACCAAACGGACUUGUUGCAGAUAAAAAUCAGUGUGUGAUUACGUAUUGCACACAAUGUACUUUUUUCACUUAAGUUUUCAUAAACCUAAUAAAUAUCUAACGUUCAGUGUGUUCCCAUCUCAUUUUCAACUCUACCGAUAGUUUUGUCACACUGCGUUAAAUAGCAAAUGUGCCUACUCUGGUCUUGGCAUGUCACCACCCUGUGAAGUUCAUCAUAAGUUAUUUCAUCUGUAACCUAAUAAACUGCAUGGUUUCCCAAGUCGUAGUGGGAGGACCACACACCAUAUCAUCGCGUGACUCCAAGUUUACUUCGAUAUGAUGGUUCAAUAUUUGCGCAUAAAGGUGUUUCCACUGCCAUUUCUCACUUAAUAAUUUUACCGAUACAAAAAGAUCCCACCAUGUCGAACGAACAAAUUAUCUGUCGGCAUUUAUACAAUUGUACUGAAAAUUCCUGUUUCCAUCACAGAUGUCGUGAUUUUCUUUUCUUCUUUUCGGUAUGACUUUAUUCGCAUAACAACUGUGGAUGGAAACGUGAUUAGUGUAUAGCCUUAGUUAUUUCGUUGUUUUGACAAAGUCAUUUCUAAAGAUGAUUUAUUUCAUGUGAUUAGUGCUUCAUUGUAAGGUCAAAAAAACCUGUCCCUCAUUUUAAGGUCACUUGAACUGAACUCUUGUUUUAAUAUGGUAAAACGUCCUUUUUAAAUAAUGUUUUCAAAAGAAACAUUGAACAUCUAAUAGUCAAAUCAUAGUGUAAAAGCAGGUGAGCUGGUUCUACUCUUUUUGGCAGUUUCUGGUGUUUUGUGGUGGAAAACUGAGUGGGUCGAGCAUAACACAUCAACUAUUACUCAUAGAUAGACAGGCUAGACAUUUCUUAAACAUUUUUGUGAAGCUUGCAUUCAAUUGCCCCUUCCUGUUGCACACAACCUUCCAUUCUCCAAGGGGAUUUAUGGCUGAUUUUAAGAUGAAAUCGCCAACCCUUUAACUUUAUUUGGCACUUACUAUAUAUUUUCUUUUUUAUUUAACCUCUUGAGAUGGGAAAACAUGUUUUUUAAUAAGUUGAACGUGAUGUUCAUGACAGAAUGUUAAAAUGAGGUGAAAUCAAACGUUUUCUCAAAGUUACACUACCCAAAAGGGACUACUGCAGGAGCUACUGCUACUGCUACUACUGCUACUACUGCUACUGCUACUGCUACUGCUACUGCUACUGCUACUGCUACUGCUACUGCUACUACUACUACUACUACUACUACUACUACUACUGCUCCAUUUUAAUCCAGCACAGUGACAUUGUUGUGUUGUCCUCUCUCCUCAGGCCUUCCUGUUGCCGAUGUGUGAGGCUGCAGCCAUGAGGAAGGUCGUGCGGGUGUACCAGGAGUGGUUUGCCCAGGAGGACAAGCCUGUGUUUAUGAGGGAGCUGGAGGAGGAGAGGAUAUUUUCUACUGCUGGAGAGGUUAACCUGGAGCCUGUACCCCUGCAAGGCCAAGAGGAGGUGAGGGCUGGAGCUAGGGCUCUGGGUGGGUGAGGAUGGAACCACAAGGGUCCUAUUCAUUAGGGCACACUAAGGAAAACCAUUUGCAAUGGGAAACAAAAAUGAGUCCAGGUAGUCACUCAUGUUUCAGUCUGUUUUCUUACGUUUGGUAAUGAACACGACCCUCAAGACCAAGAAGUAGACAUGAUGGAGCCUAUCUUCAUGGUCUCUCAGUCUAACACAUGUUGUGUAUUUGCUCUUCUUUCUGUGUCCUCUCAGAGGGUGAAUAAAGUGUCUGAGAAAGAGCUGCUUGAGUACAGUGUGCAUGCAGGUGUUCAGACAACUCUACAGGUAUGUUCUAUUGGCCAACACACACACACUAUGCAGAAUAGGCAACCAUAUAAAGUAGUUCUGUAAUGAUCACUAACUUCCAUCCAAUACUGUCCAGUUCAAUGCCUUUGUUCACCACCGUCAUCUCCCUCUUUCUUCCACCCCAGGUGUUUGUCACCAACUCGGCCAAUGUGUUUCUGCUGGAACCGGCCAACGAGCUGAAGAUGCUGCUGGAGGAACAUGUUGACAUGUGCAAGAGAGUCCUUAACAUCUAUCGCAGCCUGGUCAUGCAUGAAACCAUGGACCAGAAGACAUGGUACAGCACAACACUAACUGAGCAGCCCAUGGGUUUUAAUGAGGAAGUGUAGCAUACAUUUACGGCCAGACCCAAUUUGUUCCCUACAACUCCCAUUAGCCCUAACCCUUCAACGUUUGCAGAUCUGAAGGGUAUGGAUAGGUAUAAGCAGUGUAGUGGGGGAGCUUACAUAUGAUUUCUUAUACCUAUAGAAGAGUUAGGGCCAAGGUGGAGUGGUAGGGCCUUUCCACUUUUUGUGCAACAUAUCCCUAUUUGACCACUUCUCACUUGUGAUGUGUCUGUCUGUCUGCAGGGAGCAGAUCCUGCUGGUGCUGCUGAGGGUGACCGAGUGUGUGAUGAAGAGACCUCCCUCCAUCAUGCCCCACGGCAAGAAGAACAUGACCCUCUCAGGGAGACUGGCCGGGGCAGUCUUUCAGGUACCCAGCGUAGCACUCACAACAUACAGUGUGUACGUCCCAAAUGGCACCCUAUUCCCUAUAUAGUGCACUACUUUUGACCAGGGGCCCAUAGGGCUGUUGUCAAAACUACUGCACUAUAGAGGGAAGAGGGUGCCAUUUGGGACAGACACUGUGACUAACCACAUGAGGGCGCUUUCUCAAUGGUCUUAUCUUGAUUCCUUGAAACAUCUCCUCGCUUCCCGCUGACAAUUAGAGAAUAAUUUGGGAAAGGACAGAAGAGGAGGACACAAGGAAUCGGGCAAAGACUUUUGAGAAAGCCUCCAUAACCUUCCUCCACAUGAAACCUAACAAAGGGAUGUUUCUACUUUUCAUGCUAGUCUUUCUGCCUCUUCCUCUGGUAGACCCUGAUAGUGGCGUGGAUCAAAGGGAACCUGAACGUGUACAUCUCCAGGGAGCUGUGGGACGACCUGCUGGCCGUGCUGUCCUCACUCACCUGCUGGGAGGAGCUGGUCACAGAGUGGUCCCUCACUAUGGAGACGCUCACCAAGGUUCUGGCCCGCAACCUGUACAGGUAAAAACAGGAGAGAACGUGCUCAACACACACGCACUGAGGAAGGCGAAAGCCGAAGUGUUUUGUUAAGACAUGUUGAAAAGAAAAUAAUAUUAAACAGAGGUUCAAAUUGUAACUCAAUCUAAGUGAGUGCUGGCCCCUUUUAAACGUUUCAGUCUGGACCUCAACGAGCUGCCCCUGGACAAGCUGAGCGAACAGAAACAGAAGAAACACAAGGGAAAAGGUACAACUCUGUCACUGCUUUACUCACUCUGAUGGACACACUGCUUCCUCUCUCCAUCACUCUAUCUCUUUCCCUCCCUCUCCCUUCCUCCCUCCCUUUCUAUUGAACACUACAGCGACGUACCAACCUGUACCCGAUCUUUCCCUCUCUGUGUUGGUCACUAGGGGGAGCUCACGAGGGCCAGAAGAUGGCUGUGGACCGUUCGUUCUCUAAGGGCUGGAGCAGGGACCAGCCUGGGAGUGGGAGCGGCCAGGCAGCAGCCAUGAGGCAGCGCAGUGCCACCACCGCUGGCUCCCCGGGCAUGGAGAAGGCCAGGAACACCAUACGCCAGAAGACUGUGGGUUAGUGUCAAGCCAUCAUAUUUAUCAGGGGAAACUAUGUCUACAUAUUGGAGGGUUGGUUGUCUUAACCUCGUGUCAAAGUGUUUAUGGUAUCUUUUAUGGAUUGUUUAAAUUGCUGAAUGUAAUGGUUCCAGUAGAUCUAUACAUGGCGCAUUUUAAGGUUUUGGUGUGAUAGCCAAUGCUACUAUUAACUGUCGUCAAAUUGACCUAGGCAAGUUAUUCUUAUUUUAGCCAUUUAGAAAUAAUCAAUUCAAUGGGAAAUGGGUGCUGUGUAGGAGUCCUCCAGUGAAGAAUCGUUAAACUGAGCAGGAGGGUUGUGUUGGCUCACGGAGGGCUCUGUGACCUGGCUCCUGAGGUACAGACAACCAGACAGACAGCCACCUGCCUCCACACAGCAGCUUGUCACCUUUGCCUUUUCCUUGUCCUCCUCUCUCUGAAGGUCACUGCUCUCUGCCUUGCUGUCACCGUCCUCACUUUUCCCCCUCACUUUCUCACCUUCUCUCCUUCUUCCUCUCUCCCCCUUUUUACCUUCCCCUUGUUUCUAAACACCUUUUCUAUCCAUUUCCUCUCUGUCCCUCUAUUUCAUGACCCCCUACCCUUCUCUCUUUUAUUAUCCUCUCUCCAUCCCCCUUACUUCUUUCACCUCCCCUCCCUCCUUUUUCUCCUUCCUCUCCUCCCUUCUCUCUUCUCUCUCUGUGGUGGCCGUCCGUCCCUCAGCCAUGCGUAGCUGCUCUACGGGCGACAGCCUCCUGUCCCAAGCCUUUAUCCGCAGCGCUAAAAGUGCCCCUGUCCUCAUCCAUCACCACUACCCUCUCCUGCCUGACUCUGUCCUCACUCCCCUAGCUGACAAGCUGGCAGGUAGAGCCCACUACUCUACGCCUGUACCUGUGUCUCUAUCUGUAUCUCCACCAACUUCACUUCUUCACUCACUAUCUGUGUGUCUUUGCAUACACCACCGUUCAAAAGUUUGGGGUCACUUAGAAAUGUCCUUGUGUUCGAAAAGAAAAGCAAUUUUUUUGGUCCAUUAAAAUAACAUCAAAUUGAUCAAAAAUACAGUGUAGACAUUGUUAAUGUUGUAAAUGGCUAUUGUAGCUGGAAACGGCUGAUUAAAAAAAAAAAUGGAAUAUCUACAAAGGCGUACAGAGGCCCAUUAUCAGCAACCAUCAGUCCUGUGUUCCAAUGGUUGUUGUGUUUGCUAAUCCAAGUUUAUCAUUUUAUUUUUAUUGGCCAGUCUGAUAUAUUGCUUUUUCUUUGCAACUGCCUAGAACGCCAGCAUCCCGGAGUCGCCUCUUCACUGUUGACGUUGAGACUGGUAUUUUGCGGGAACUAUUUAAUGUAGCUGCCAGUUGAGGACCUGUGAGGAGUCUGUUUCUCAAUCUAGACACUAAUGUAUUUGUCCUUUUGCUCGGUUGUGCACCGGGGCCUCCCACUCCUCUUUCUAUUCUGGUUAGAGACAGUUUGCGCUGUUCUGUGAAGGAAGUAGUACACAGCGUUGUACGAGAUCUUCAGUUUCUUGGCAAUUUCUCGCAUGGAAUAGCCUUCAUUUCUCAGAACAAGAAUAGACUGACGAGUUUCAGAAGAUAGUUAUUUGUCUCUGGCCAUUUUGAUCCUGUAAUCAAACCCACAAUUGCUGAUGCUCCAUAUACUCAACUAGUCUCAAGAAGGCCAGUUGUAUUGCUUUUUUAAUCAGCACAACAGUUUUCAGCUGUGCUAACAUAAUUGCAAAAGGGUUUUCUAAUGAUCAAUUAGCCUUUUAAAAUGAUAAACUUGGAUUAGCAAACACAAUGUGACAUUGGAACACAGGACUGAUGGUUGCUGAUAAUGGGCCUCUGUACGCCUAUGUAGAUAUUCCAUUAAAAAUCAGCCGUUUCCAGCUACAAUAGCCAUUUACAACAUGAACAAUGUCUACACUGUAUUUCUGAUCAAUUUGAUGUUAUUUUAAUGGACCAAAAAAUUGCUUUUCUUUCGAAAACAAGGACAUUUCUAAGUGACCCCAAACUUUUGAACGUUUGAGUGUAUGUGUGUAUGCAAUGUUUUAUAUGCUUGCGACUCCACACAGCCUGCAUGUCUUUUGGGGGGGGGGGUGCUCUUGUUUGCUGCCAUGCCAUUUCAUAAACAAAACUGAAAGGAUAUAUCUCUCAGGUCUAGACUCUGGGGGUGUGUUGUUUUUAGUUUGUUGUUAUUGUUGGUGUUUUCCCUGCAUGUGGUUUGGUGUCUAUCCCCAUUCCCUAUCAAUUGAUGGUUUUGAUGACAUCUGCUCAAAAUGACAGAUAUUGUCAACCCAGAGAUGAUUUUUGGAUGAAUUCUCAUUUGGUGUUAUUGAUGUAUUCUAAUUAGUCAUUUUCCUCUGCUGCAGUUGUUUUGUCUUUGAUGAUAAGGAUAUUAUUUGAUGCAACUGAAAUAUUAAUUUAUUAACCAUGAAAAGGAAUGCUGUUUUUGUCAUGUUUUGUCUACCAUUGUUUUUGUAUCCGUGAACAUGCGUACAUAAGAUGGUUGGUGCUCCUGGGUCCAGCGAUAUUUGGUUAGAAUAAACCAUUGAUACAAGCUUGCCUGCCUUCAACCACCUGAUCCUCUAAUCAUUUACACAGAUAUACAGGUGCAGCUCAAUAAAUUAGAAUAUUGAGGAAAGGUUAUGUAUUUUCAAUAAUACAAUUGACAAAGUGAAACUCAUAUAUAUCGUGGAUUAAUUACACAAAAAGUGAAAUAGUUCAAGCCUGUAUUUGUUUUAAUCUUGAUGAUUACAGCUCAUGAAAACCCCAAAUUCAGUAUCUCAGAAAAUUAGAAUAUUGUGAAAACUGUAGACUCAAGGUGUCACACUAAUCAGCUAACUUACUCAAAACACCUGCAAAUGUUUCCUGAGCCUUUAAAUGGUCUAUCAGUCCAGUUCAGUAGGCUUCACAAUCAUGGGGAAGACUGCUGACUGGACAGUUGUGCAGAAGACAGUCAUCAACACCCUCCACAAGGAGGGAAAACCUCAAAAGAUCAUUGCUAAAGAAGCUGGCUGUUCAGAGUGCUGUAUCCAAGCAUAUUCAUGGAAGGAAGAAGUGUGGUAGGAAAAGGUGCACAAGCAACAGGGAUAACUGGAGCCUUGAGAGGAUUGUCAAGCAAAGGCCAUUCAAAAAUGUGGGGGAGCUUCACAAGGAGUGGACUGAGGCAGCAGUCAGUGCAUCAAGAGCCACCACGCACAGACGUAUCCAGGAAAUGGGAUACAACUGUCGCAUUCCUCGUGUCAAGCCACUCCUGAACCAGAGCCAACGUCAGAAGUGUCUUACCUGGGCUAAGGAGAAAAAUAACUGGUCUGUCGCUCAGUGGUCCAAAGUCCUCUUUUCAGAUUAAAGUAAAUUUUGCAUUUAAUUUGGCAAUCAAGGUCCCAGAGUCUGGAGGAAGAGUGGAGAGGCACAGAAUCCAAGUUGCUUGAUGUCCAGUGUGAAGUUUCCACAGUCAGUGAUGAUUUGGGGAGCCAUGUCUUCUUCUGGUGUUGGUCCACUGUGUUUCAUCAAGUCCAAAGUCAACUCAGCCGUCUACCAGGAAAUGUUAGAGCACUUCAUGCUUCCUUCUGCUGACAAGCUUUUCUGCUGACAAGCUUUAUGGAGAUGCUGAUUUCAUUUUCCGGCAGGACUUGGCACCAGCAAACUCGCCUGAUCUGAACCCCAUAGAUAAUUUAUGGGGUAUUGUCAAGAGGAAGAUGAGACACGAGACCCAAGAAUGCAGACGAGCUAAAGUCCGCUAUCGAAGCAACCUGGGCUUCCAUAACACCUCAGCAGUGCCACAGGCUGAUCGACUCCAUGCCACGCCGCAUAGAUGCAGCGAUUUGAUGCAAAAGGAGCCCCAAGCAGGUACUGACUGCAUGUACAAGAACAUACUUUUCAGAAGGCCAACAUGUCUGUAUAAAAUUCAUUUUUUCACUGGUUUUAUGUCAUAUUCUAAUUUUAUGAGAUACUGAAUUUGGGGUUUUCAUGAGCUGUAAGCCGUAAUCAUCAAGAUUAAAACAAAUACAGGCUUGAACUAUUUCACUUUUUGUGUAAUUAAUCCACGAUAUAUAUGAGUUUCACUUUGUCAAUUGAAUUAUUGAAAUUAUUAAACUUUUCCACAAUAUUCUAAUUUAUUGAGCUGCACCUGUAUAUUAGAUGUGUAGGCAAUUAUAGACAUGCAAUUGAUUUGAUUUUGCAAUGCCCACAGAAGCUGCAUAUGGACAUGUCUGCCAACUAUAUAAGAUCAUAUCGCUGGACCACAGUGUUGUGUAUGUUACUGAUCCAUUCCCGUCGCUGUGUUUCCUGCAUGUAGAGUUGGUAGGACCCAUCUCCAGUGAGCUGUGCUCUGUGUCCCCUCUCUGUCCAGAUAUGGAGGAUCCCCCGAUGGCCCCUCGGGCCCCCAGGAUCCACCACUGCUCCCAGAGCGAGGAUACCCCGGCCUCGGAGUUGUUUUCAGGGUCCGGCGACCUGGACCCCCAGGGGUCCCUGCUCCCCCGCAGCAGCAGCGCCUCCGACAUCAUGGAGCCCUUCAUCGCCGAGAGGGUCAAAGGUGCUCUUCCUGUCCCUGACAGUCCCCCCUCUCACCCCACCUCCACCACCGCUGUCUCUGUCCCCCACAACCACGCCCUGCACCCCCCCAACCCCCCCUCUGCCACAGGUAGCAGGGUGGCCUCUCUGGAGGUGGGGGAUAGCAUCUAUGAUCACCUGUGGCAGAUGAUAGGCCCCUGCCCCCCUGACUGGACGUGUGGUGGAACCUCCUUCUCCUCCACCCUCACCCAGUCCUCCGAGAGAGAGGAGGAGGGGGAGACUGAGGGGGAGGAGGACCUGCUUAGCUCUCUCAGGGAGUACCUGAUGCAAAGAAGCCUGGAGGAGGGAGGUGGAUGGGGGGAGAGGGGUUGCCCUAGUGAUGCUUUGGAUGGUAGUGCUGUGGCUGUGACGGUACAGUCAGGGUCACAGCGGGUCAGGAGACAGGUCCAGGUAAGGCAGCAGAGCAGCUUGGACUCAGCAGAGGAGGACAGUGCAGAGCAGCAGCCUCCUGAGAGGAGCAUUUAUGAGUGUCUGGAGCAGAGUGAUGACUGGGAGCUGGCCAGCAGGGGGAGCUCUAGUCUAGACCAGCAGGUAACUACUCAGGGCACAGAGAAUAGGGAAGAGCCCCACUUGGUCAGGCAGGAUGCCACAGAGUGUGAGUAUAAUAACGAGACAGGAGGUUCAGGCCAACAGGCCCCUCAGCCCCAGCAGCAGUCCCAUUCCCUCCACCAUGCCCUCAAGCCCAGGCUGGUCCGGGGCAGGCCCAAAAAGCACAACGGGGGAGGGGUGCACGUCAGCUUCCGGCCCUCCACAGAGUCUGUCCAGUUCCACAACCCUCUAGACUACAAGGAGGCCCACUGGAGGACCAGGCUGCGCCGCCUCAGCCACUUCAGCAGCCACUCUGUAGGAGGGGUGGGGUCUGGAGGGGCAGGGGUGGGGGUGGGGGGGUCAAAGGGUAAGGAGAGGUCAGGAGGGGAGGGGGUGAGCGGAAACGGGGAGCAGCCUGAUCGGGAGGCCAGUGGAGUGGGGGUUCAUGCAACAAGGCAAGGACGUGUCCGUCUGGGGCGCUCUGCCCUUCGGCCCCGUGGGACCCGGUCCAGGUCCCAGGAUGCGGAGUCGGGGAUCAGUCCCUCUCGGCAGCAGCAGGGGGCUCUGUUGGGCGGUGUGUAUAAAUCUGUGGUCCAUGCUCUCUCCAAGCCCAAGGCCCACACCUCCGGCUCCGCGUCUCCCCAGCGGCACAGCAAAGCCCCCGGCGGGGCCACAGAGGCGCCCCUGAGGGACCUGUACACUCAUGUAUUGGGCUAUUUUGGAAGAAAAGCACCAGGUGAGAGACUUGAGUUGCGUCGCUGUGCUCCAAGGCACUACCACAACAUGGAAAACAAAACGACAAAACUAAACAAAAACACAAAGCACCACCGUUCUAUCUCCUCCGUCUUUUCCGUUUUUAAUUAACUGUUUUUUGCUGAAUGUGGAUUGAAUUGAAGCUUUUUUUUUGUUUCCUGUUUUAAAGUACUGUAGCUGACACAAUCCAAAAAAAGAACCAAAGCCCGGCCGAAGGCCCCCCUUCCUCUCCUCCUGGGACGGCUCUCCCCUCCUCCUCCUCCUCCAGCUUUUGGGACUAAAUCUCUGCUGCCCCUCCUCUUCCCUCCCUGGAUGCUGCAUGUGGCCUCACACCUCCCCCUCAGCCUUCUCUCUCAGAGCACACAACACCAUACUGUACAUCACAUUCACUGCACACACUGAGAUCAAUUCUACAAUCACAUCAGGCGAAAACAGGCUAACUAACUAAUUUACAAUAAUACAUUGACAUAUAACACACAUAGUGUAGUAUUAUAAUGUCCUCUGAAGUCCAUUGCUUUCAUAUAUACAGGAACAUGAGCCUGGGAAAUGUAUGCUGAUGCUCUGACAUGUCAAUAUACCUUCAACCAGGUGAAGGCAGUAUAGCCCAUCUGAUGGAGAAUAGAAUUUCAGCACCACCAACUGGCAGGAAAGCAUUGAGCUGUGUCCUCUUGAGUCAUCUCAAUGACACACUACCACAAAGUCCAAUGUCUUUUUUCUUUGCCUGGGUUUUACUGUAGUAGCCCGAUACUAUUUUAACAUUGUCAGUUAACGCAAAGAUUUUGGCAAGGUGUGUUAACAGAACAGCAAUAGUGGCUUCUUAGGGCAGUAGACACACUUUUAAUGGCAGGUCACUAGAACUAAAACCUAGUUAGAAGCUCAGACUAACCAGAUAAAUGUGAAGUCACAGGGCAUGAUGGGGACAAACAAUGCUCUCUGCUUCUCUGACAAUCCAGCCCAACGCAUAUAAUAACCACUACCGCUCUGUUUAAUAAUGUAUCAUGGCCUUGUGUUUGUAUGCUGCCCCAUCGUUCAGUUAUCCCUUCACUAUCCAGUUAACACACUGGCCACUCUCACCUAACCACAGUUCAGUUAACAUAGCUUGACUAAUCUCUGUUCUGUGGUGUGCUGUACUCAUGGCCUGGACAAAGCAAGGUUCUUGCUCUCUCUCCUUUUCUCCUCUCUCUCUGGGAAUGCAUGUGAGUAACUCCUGCAUCGCUUUACUGGUUGUACUCGGUUGUGUUGGUUGGCUUUUCUUUAAGGUUGUUCUGUUGAGCUUUGUGCAUCAGUUACCUUAAUUAUUGUUCUCUAUGUAACAGCACAUACAACACUACAGUUACCUUACUGUAUUGACUGAUACUUUUACGCAGGCACACAUUUCUUAACUUAACAUUCUCCACAACCUAUAGGAAUGACAUGAAUUCAAGCUUUUAUCCCAAUGGUAUUGUGUUGAGGAGCUCUGUAUGCUAGGGAUGUGAAGAUGCUUGUAGUUGUAGUGCUGUUUGUGUCAGUAUCUAGGACGGUGGGGUGAAGUGUGUCCUCUGCUCCCUGCCUGAACACAGCCAACAAAGAGGACCCUUGUCAGAAGAUGCGGCCUGUGUCCAGUGAUGCAGGCAACAGCAACCAAAACUUUGGCGACCUGAUGGACGAGUUUAUCCAAGAGCGUCUGCGAGCGGGAGGCACCUCUGUAAGUCGCCCUUCUAUUCUCUUUCUUUUCUCUAUUUUUAUCCUGCUCUCUCUCUCUCUCUCUCUCUCUCUCUCUCUGUCUGUCUCUCUGUCUCUCUCUGUCUCUGUCUCUCUCGCUCUCACGCUCUCUCUCGCGCGCUCUCUCUCUCUCGCGCGCUUUCUCUCUCUCUUUCUCUCUCUUUCUUUCUCUCUCUCACGCUCUCUCUCACGCUCUCUCUCACUCUCUCUCUCACGCUCUCUCGCGCGCGCGCUCUCUCUCUCUUUCUCUCUCUCUUUCUUGCUCUCUCUCUCUCUUUCUCUCUUACGCUCGCUCUCUCUCUCUCUCUCUCACACUCACACUCACUCACACACAUAUAUAUAUACAGUGGGGAAAAAAAGUAUUUAGUCAGCCACCAAUUGUGCAAGUUCUCCCACUUAAAAAGAUGAGAGAGGCCUGUAAUUUUCAUCAUAGGUACACGUCAACUAUGACAGACAAAAUGAGAAAAAUAAAUCCAGAAAAUCACAUUGUAUGAUUUUUAAUGAAUUUAUUUGCAAAUUAUGGUGGAAAAUAAGUAUUUGGUCAAUAACAAAAGUUUCUCAAUAGUUUGUUAUAUACCCUUUGUUGGCAAUGACACAGGUCAAACGUUUUCUGUAAGUCUUCACAAGGUUUUCACACACUGUUUCACACACAGAGCAGUGAUGUUUUGGGGCUGUCGCUGGGCAACACAGACUUUCAACUCCCUCCAAAUAUUUUCUAUGGGGUUGAGAUCUGGAGACUGGCUAGGCCAUUCCAGGACCUUGAAAUGCUUCUUACGAAGCCACUCCUUCGUUGCCCGGGCGGUGUGUUUGGGAUCAUUGUCAUGCUGAAAGACCCAGCCACGUUUCAUCUUCAAUGCCCUUGCUGAUGGAAGGAGGUUUUCACUCAAAAUAAUAAUAAUAAUAAUAUGCCAUUUAGCUGACGCUUUUAUCCAAAGCGACUUACAGUCAUGCGUGCAUACAUUUUUUUUUUUGUGCAUGGGUGGUCCCGGGGAUCGAACCCACUACCAUGGCGUUACAAGCGCCGUGCUCUACCAGCUGAGCUACAGAGGACCACGAUAUCUCACGAUACAUAGCCCCAUUCAUUAUUUCCUUUACACGGAUCAGUCGUCCUGGUCCCUUUGCAGAAAAACAGCCCCAAAGCAUGAUGUUUCCACCCCCAAAGCAUGAUGUUUCCACCCCCAUGCUUCACAGUAGGUAUGGUGUUCUUUGGAUGCAACUCAGCAUUCUUUGUCCUCCAAACACGACGAGUUGAAUUUUUACCAAAAAGUUCUAUUUUUGUUUCAUCUGACCAUAUGACAUUCUCCCAAUCCUUUUCUGGAUCAUCCAAAUGCACUCUAGCAAACUUCAGACGGGCCUGGACAUGUACUGGCUUAAGCAGGGGGACACGUCUGGCACUGCAGGAAUUGAGUCCCUGGCGGCGUAGUGUGUUACUGAUGGUAGGCUUUGUUACUUUGGUCCCAGCUCUCUGCAGGUCAUUCACUAGGUCCCCCCGUGUGGUUCUGGGAUUUUUGCUCACCGUUCUUGUGAUCAUUUUGACCCCACGGGGUGAGAUCUUGCGUGGAGCCCCAGAUCAAGGGAGAUUAUCAGUGGUCUUGUAUGUCUUCCAUUUCCUAAUAAUUGCUCCCACAGUUGAUUUCUUCAAACCAAGCUGCUUACCUAUUGCAGAUUCAGUCUUCCCAGCCUGGUGCAGGUCUACAAUUUUGUUUCUGGUGUCCUUUGACAGCUCUUUGGUCUUGGCCAUAGUGGAGUUUGGAGUGUGACUGUUUGAGGUUGUGGACAGGUGUCUUUUAUACUGAUAACAAGUUCAAACAGGUGCCAUUAAUACAGGUAACGAGUGGAGGACAGAGGAGCCUCUUAAAGAAGAAGUUACAGGUCUGUGAGAGCCAGAAAUCUUGCUUGUUUGUAGGUGACCAAAUACUUAUUUUCCACCAUAAUUUGCAAAUAAAUUCAUUAAAAAUCCUACAAUGUGAUUUUCUGGAAAUGUUUUCCUCAAUUUGUCCGUCAUAGUUGACGUGUACCUAUGAUGAAAAUUAUAGGCCUCUCUCAUAUUUUUAAGUGGGAGAACUUGCACAAUUGGUGGCUGACUAAAUACUUUUUUCCCCCACUGUAUAUUUAGAUUAUGAGCUGAGUGAAUAAGUGAAUGUCCUCAGCUCAUUCUCCCUGAGUGUUAUCUUUAUUCCUAACAUCAGAGUACUAACUUCUCUCUUCUGUCCUAUCUACCUCUCUUUGCAGGGUAUGACCAGGCGUGGCAGCAGCACCCGGUAGUCUGGAGAUCCCCAAGGACCUGCCAGAACUCCUGAACCGUCAGAACGCCACUCGACCCGUGGACGACCCCGGCGUGCCCUCCGAGUGGACCUCCCCUGCCAGUGGCAGCAGCAGCGACUUAAUCAGCUCCGACAGCCAAUCAGACUCCUUUAACGCCUUCCAGUACGCCAACUGCAAGUUUGAAAGUGAGUCUGACGUCACCACGGCUGCUGCUAGCCCUCACUUGCUAUGCAUGCAUAUUGGUUGUGUAAAAACAUUGCGGUGUAACAUAGUAUUGGAGUAGAGUGGAUUGUAGAUUGUUCUUGACAUACUUUAGUGGGACUAUUAGAUUUCAGCUUUGGUCCGGAUGGCUGUGGUGCGGGGUCGUUGGACCAGGAUAACACUAGCCUGGGAGGAGUACCCCAGACUGCAGAGGAACAGGAGCUGUCCAGCCUCACCACCCUGCACAUUGACUCUGAGACCAGUAGUCUGAGCCAGCAUGGCCUGUCUGCAGAUACCGUCACCAUCACAGGUCAGAGCUGCAGAUAAACAAAUCAGAAUACAUCAGCUUUCAAUGUCCACAUCACUCAUCCUUUUAUACAUCUUGGUGACUUUCCCACUUAACUAAAGCACUUCGAUCAUCUGGAAAAACCCAUAGAAAUCCAUAAUAAAAUAUGGAUGAAAUCCAAUCAACUUGUAUUAUUACUACCUAAUUAAUUACAUCUCUUUGUUUGUGACUCCCUCCAGGUUCAGAGAGUGCGUCCCCGAUGCAUUCCCUGGGGGAUUCCCGCUCCCAGACCCCGUCCCCAGCCACGCUAACCGCGGAACAUGUAGCGCUGCAGCACAAGGACCUGCAGCUGGAUGAGAAACUACAUCACUCUGUAGUACAGACUCCGGAUGACCUGGGUAAUACACACACACACACUGCUCUCAUCACCUAACACACAACACAAACGCACAACACACAGCCUUUCGUAUAUUAAAAGUGUAAUCUCCCUCCUCUCAGAAACCCGUGAGUUUCCUACAGAGGACUGCAGUGUGAUGGCUGGUGGCUCGCUGACCGGUUGGCACGCUGACGUUGCCACGGUGAUGUGGCGGAGGAUGCUAGGCAUUCUGGGAGAUGUGAACACCAUUAAGGACCCAGAGAUCCACGCGCAGGUCUUUGACUACCUCUGUGAGCUGUGGCAGAACCUGGCCAAGGCAAGGAACCAUACGGGAACCAAUCAGACUGAAUACUCCAUACAUUGACAGGCCCUUAGUUCGCAUCACACAUCAGACUGGUUUGUCAGGGGAAGUGACUAGAUCGGUGUGUGCAAGACACUCACAAACAACAUUCACUCACUCUUUGUCUCUCUCUCCCCCCUCUCUCUCCUCUCUCUCUCUCUCGCAUCAGAUCAGAGAUAAUCUGGGGAUCUCUCUGGACAACCAGUCGUCUCCUCCUCCCCCGGUCCUCAUUCCUCCCCUUCGGAUCCUCACCCCCUGGCUCUUCAAAGUACGUACCUCUCACCGCUCCCUUAUAUAAUCAGUCCUGGAAAAGUCACUUCACUUCUUCACACGUUAUCCUUGGAAUUCCAGGGAAACAAAUGCACAGAUACAGGCGAGCAUUCUUUUUACCAUGACACUGAUGUAAAAGUGAACAAUGUUAUACUUCUGCUCUUGUAUCUGUGUCACUGACUGCUUGUUGUCCCCUGUACAGGCGACCAUGCUGACUGAGAGGUACAAACAGGGAAAGCUUCACGCCUACAAGCUCAUCUGUAAGAUCAUGAAGAGGAGGCAGGACGUAUCGCCCAACUCAGACUUCCUCACACACUUCUACAACAUCAUGCACUGUGGCCUCAUGCAUGUCGACCAGGUGUGUGUGUGUGUGUGUGUUCAAGUGUGGCAAUCUGCCAAUCUCCUAACAUCAUGGUGAAUAUUGGUCUCUCUCUCUCUCUGUCACUCUCUCUGUGUUUCUCAGGACAUAGUGAACACCAUCAUUAAGCACUGUUCUCCUCGGUUCUUCUCCAUCGGCCUUCCCGGGGCCACCAUGCUCAUCCUGGAUUUCAUCAUUGCAGCCAGCAGAGUCACAGCCUGCUCUUCCCUCAACGUGAGAACACCUCCACCAUUCACCCUCUCUGAUUCCAUAUUAACAAAAAUAAUCAGGGCUCAAAACUGCGACUAAAACACUCUCUCAUUUGCGACCCUUUGACUUUGCAGUGCGACACCAAUUUUUUAAUGGUAGCUAGGGUGCCAGUGAAUUUUUAGCUGGUCACGUUAGUUUUUGGUUCACUAUUUUUGUUUUGUUUAUAUCAUGACAUUAUUCAAGCAGUAAUGUGCAAUUGACCCAAAAUUAAUUAACCAUAUGAAAGUAUCUGCCUGUCCCUGUUUCACUGACGGCUGCUGUGUGAGUGAGCCACUCCCUCUUCCAUCUGUGCACAAGGAGGUGCAUUCUAGUAAGCACAACCAUGUGACUGUUGCUCAAAAUGCAAUUGCGGGAAAAAUAUAUUUUCAAAACAACUAUUGUUCUAUUUACAGAGAGGAGAGUCACAGCUUUCUGUGAUAAAUAAAUGAUAUAUUCACAUCUCAAUAUUGAGUUCAUGGCAACACUUUACAGCUGGAGUAGGCUAUGUAAUACGCUAUAUAUACAAAAGUAGGUGGACACCCCUUCAAAUUAGUGGAUUCGGCUAUUUCAGCCACACCCGUUGCUGACAGGUGCAUAAAAUCGAGCACACAGCCAUGCAAUCUCCGUAGACAAACAUUGGCAGUAGAAUGGCCUUACUGAAGAGCUCAGUGACUUUCAACGUAGCACCGUCAUAGGAUACCACCUUUCCAACAAGUCAGUUCGUCAAAUUUAUGCCCUGCUAGAGCGGCCCGGGUCAACUGUAAGUGCUGUUAUUGUGAAGUGGAAACGUCUAGGAGCAACAACGGCUCAGCCGCGAAGUGGUAGGCCACACAAGCUCACAGUACGGGACUGCUGAGUGCUGUCGCGUGUAAAAAAAAUAAAAAUAUCCUUGGUUGCAACUAGGGCUGUUGCGUUGACCGUAUUACCGCCACACCGGAGGUCACGAGUCAUGAAAGCAGUCAAAUUCCACGUGUCCGUUUCGUCACGGUAAUUAAGCUUCUCCUAGCUCUGAUACUGCUGAUGGUCAUUAGUAGCCUACCAAAUUUGCUAACUGCCUGGUACUCAGCACUCUAUUGUCCCUCUAAUCACUCUGACAUCAAUGCAAAUGUUUUCGAAAAUCUAAUCAAACACUUCAUGAAAGCUCAUGUUGCGCAACAUUUCAAUAAGCUAUGCAAUUGUGCGAGAAAACAGAGUGAUGGCCUCUACUAAAAAGAGGAGGAUCCGCUUUCUAUAGGCUAGGCCUACUAUAUUUAUUUCUCAACUUCCUAAUAUUAAGCACAUUGCUUAUAUUUACAACAGGAGUAUGGCCUACCUGGCUGGCAUGAAAAUAAACCACGGGGAAAAGCGUCCUCCGUUCGCAAUUUAAGUGCAUAGAUGACAUGUUUUUUUUUCCCACUGACCCUGUUUCGAUAUAGAUGCAUGAUAAUGGUCCAUUCUAAAUCAAAACAAAUUUCACACAUAUAUUAUUUAGUAUAUGUAAAUACAAGAUUAAAUCAAGAAUAGUCUAAUGGGUGACAAUAUUAGCCUAUCACUUGUGAAUGAUAUAUUAUCACUUGUGUAUGAUGCGCAGCAUAAGAAACAAAGCCUUUUUUUUGCGACUUUUUCUAAUCAUAGUCCCACACCUCAUGUAGCCUAGCCCAUAGGCCUAUAUGUUUUAAUAAGGUUUGUAUCACAACUAAAGUGGCCAAAUCACUUCUUAAAAUUAAGCACAAGGGGUGUAGAGCCUAACUGGCAUACAUAAGCAGCGCAUGAGUUUCAAGUUUGGGGAACAUAAUUUUCACCUUAAAAAUGCACCUUUAUAAUGAAAGCAUUACAUGCAUAAUUGCAUUUGCGGUCACUUUUGAUAAUGGUGUUUUCCGCUAAUGAAACAUUCACACUUAUAGCCUACUACCAUGUGCUCAUUGCUGCGCUUAUUAUGUGAAUAAAUAGCCUAAUAGUUUAUCAACAUUUUAAGCUAAAAGUUCUGAUCGGUUGCGUAAAAAAGGUUUUUGAUGCUAGUGGUUGUAUUAAUUUGAGAUCUAUUGCAUCCCACAACUGUCCCAAACUAUGUUUGGAAUAUUUAUUUCUCGCACAGAAUAGAAUAGGUCGACCUUUGUACUAUGUGGGAUAGUAGAUUGACAUAGGCUAGUGCUUUUGCUGGUCGUUAAGCCUACUCAUCUUGUUUGCUGACGAAAAGUAAAUGUGGACAGUUCUUCUAUUAUCGUCAAUAUACACCUCGGAAUUGGAUAAGGACCCACGCAGUUGCGUCCCCGAUGUCUGUCUUCACUUGUAGCCUGUGAGAAGACCCGAUCACAUGAUAGAGCGCACAGCACUAAGGGAGAAGGGCACAACGGCCACUGGCCGCAAAAGGCAUGGAUUUUUUUAGGGUGCAUUACGGCCACACAAAUGGGGAUGCCGCUGUGAAAUUCUAGGCAUUAUCAAGUGCUUGUCAAAUUGUGAAUGAUAGACUGAUAAAAAACAAAGCAGAGCUCAUGCCUUUUCAAGCUACUUUUUUCAAAUCAUCAUUAGUCACAUCAUGCAGUUUUACAAUGUAUUACAAAUCAAAACAUAUAAAACUAAACAACUAAAGUUACAAUAAUAACUCUAAAUUAAGCAAAUAGGAAUACCUAUUUCUUUGUUAACAGCUCAACACAGAAUAGCCGCAUGUGCGCACUCCCUCAAAUCGUUUGGAGAAAAUAUCCUUUCUAUUUUAUUCAGCUUUGUUCAAUUGUAUUCUUCAUAGUAUAAAAUAAUGCCACAGAAUUCUAAGCAAAUCUUGUCUGCUAAAUGAACUAGUGUAGCCCACAGCCAUUUGACAUAGCCAGAUCAGGACCUAACUAACAUAAGGACAACUCGGAGUAUGCUAUUCUGUUCUUCUGAAAUAGACUACAUUUUAUUCAUUUCAUGCUUCUUUAGACCUGUCUAAAAUAAAUCAUGGAUUUAUUUUGAAGGUGUUGGCUAUAUUACGUGGAUUUUUUAGACUUUUUUAAAUGUAGAUGUUCCAAAGGUCAGCAUCAGUGGCUUGUAGGCUAUUUGUGGAAGCCAGGAGACGCUAAAUGUGUUUGUUAAUUAACGGUAAAUUACAGUGAGACCGACAGUUAUUUGCUUGUCAAUCACCGGCUGACGAAAUUCCGUGACCGCCACAGCCCUAGUUGCAACACUCACUGCAGAGUUCCAAACUGCCUCUGGAAGCAACAUCAGCACAAUAACUGUUCGUCGGGAGUUUCAUGAAAUGGGUUUCCAUGGCCGAGCAGCCGUACACAAGCCUAAGAUCACCAUGGUCAAUGCCAAGUGUCGGCUGGAGUGGUGUAAAGCUUGCUGCCAUUGGACUCUGGAGCGGUGGAAACUCAUUUUCUGGAGUGAUGAAUCACGCUUCACUAUCUGGCAGGCCGACUGAAGAAUCUGGAUUUGGCGGAUGCCAGGAGAACGCUACCUGCCUGAAUGCAUAGUGCCAACUGUAAAGUUUUGUGGAGGAGGAAUAAUGGUCUGGGGCUGUUUUUCAUGGUUCGGCUAGGCCCCUUAGUUCCACUGAAGGGAAAUCUUAACGCUACAGCGUACAAUGACAUUUUAGACGAUUCUGUGCUUCCAACUUUGUGGCAACAGUUUGGGGAAGGCCCUUACCUGUUUCAACCAUGACCUCAAUCCCAUCUAACACCUUUGGGAUGAAUUGGAACGCCGACUCCUAGCCAGGCAAAAUUGCCCAACAUCAGUGCCCGACCUCACUAAUGCUCUUGUGGCUGAAUGAAAGCAAGUCCCCGCCGCAAUGUUCCAACAUCUAGUGGAAAGCCUUCCCAGAAGUCUUUAUUUCUCAACUGGUAAUUGAAGCGUGCUUCUCAUUCAAGUGCAUAGACAACCGUAGGCAGGCUUCAGCAUGUCACACACUGCUUUGCAAGGAGCUGGAGGCAGUAUGCAUUUUGAAAACAUACUUGUUUGAAACCUGAAUGUUUUUUGCUUCAAAUUAUGAGGCAUGUAUCUUGUUUCAAAGUAGCCUAGCCAAAAUCCGACUAUAGAAAAGUGGAGGCAAUUAUUUUAUAAAGACUUCCGUAAGCCAUUAACACCGGUAGCCUAUUUCUCUCAUGUUCUAUUGGUUUUCAAAGGCACAAUCCAAGUCAUAUUAGCAACCCAUAGAUUUCCACUUGGUCUAAAUUUCGAAUUGAUAUUUGAAUAUUUCACAUCAAACCGCGCACAUGUUCAGUGUGCUUUUGACAACUGUGUUUUCCUGCUAAUUACAUUAUAGAAUAAACAUUCACGCCUAGCCUACUGACUUGUGCACAUUGCUGCGAUUAUAAUAUGAAGAAAUAAUAGUUUAUCAACAUUUUAAGCUAAAAGUUCUGUUGCAUCCGACUCAUUGCUUUUUAAAUAUUUUUUUGAUGUAGCCAGGCCUACUGGUUGUAUGAAUUUGGGAUCUAUCGUCCCAACAACUGUCCCAGAGUCUGUUCAGAAUAAGCUGUUUCUUUCUCGCACAGAACGACAUGCUGUCCAAUAGAAUAGGUAAACUUUUCUACUAUGGGGAUAGUAGAUUGACAUAGGCUAGUGAUGAAAUCUAUGGAGGACUAAAAGUGCCACAAUUAAAUAAAUAAAUACACCAUUAAAUAAUUACUUAAAUGUGUCAUUAAUUAAUUCAAAUUAUAAUUAAAUACAUAAAUGUGUAAUUAAAUGUGUCAUUAAUUACUUCAAAUACCGAUUCAUUUUAUGUAAAAUAAAUAUAUAAUUAUUUCACUAUUUACAUUUACAUUUCAUGAUCCUGCAUUGCAGUGAUUCAUGAAUUACUUAAAACUGUCAAACUGACCCAUCAAAGUCAGUGGGCGGGGCUAACGCGAAUCUAGUCUGAUCCAUUGCUUUGGUCUGAAGUAGAGUAGGCCAACCUGGAUAGAGACAAUGGAGGAUCUCUGUCAACUUUCCAGGGAGUUGGUUAGAGACAUUUUAAACUUAGCAGAGGAUGUAGAAGCAGGACCUGCUGACAUUAUCCGGAAUUGAUUUGUCUUGGCUUGAUGCAGAGGGUAACCAAUCAGGCGUUAGGUUCCGCCUACCAACUUUUGAUGGGUCAGUUUGACAGUUUUAAGUAAUUCAGGAAGCACUCCAACGCAGGACCAUGAAAUGUAAAUGUAAAUAGUGAAAUUAUUAUAUAUGUAUUUUACAUAAAAUGAAUCGGUAUUUGAAUUAAUUAAUGACACAUUUAAUAACACAUUUAUGUAUUUAAUUCUAAUUUGAAUUAAUUAAUGACACAUUUAAGUAAUUAUUUAAUGGUGUAUUUAUUUAUUUAAUUGUGGCACUUUUAGUCCUCCAUAGAAAUCUGACUGGGAUUUGAAAUAUAAAAUGGUCUGAGAAUAACAAUAUUGGCAGGCCAGGCAUAGCCAAUAUGAUGUGAUAAUGUAUUAGGCCUACUGCCCAAACCUCAUUCCUACAGAACUGUUUUUAUUAGGUUAAUGUUACAUUUUUUAAAGUCCAUAUGAAAAAUAAAAAUCUGCUUUUUGACUGCGAAAGUGAUCUUGACUCAGAAAAGGUUGGUGACCACUGCUGUACACACUUUUGAAUGCACCACACUACACUGACCCCCAGUACAGUUCAAUAGUCUGUUUCAACACUGUCAUCUUCUCUGUGUUUGCACCCCCCCCGUCCGUCCGUCCGUCCGUCCUUCUCUGUCAGGCCCCGCGGGUUGAGGCACAGAUCCUGCUGGGUUCUCUGGUGUGUUUCCCUAACCUGUAUGAGGAGCUGCCUGCCCUGCACCCCACCACCGCUGACGUGGUCAUGACCAAGUUCAGAGACGUCAAGGUAACUAUCCUCAUGUGGGGUGGUUGCUUAACUCUGUCUUCAACCUGCUUUACUCUGUUACUUCAACCUGUAGGAACCGGUUCCAGAGAAGUGGUCAUUUUGUAUUAUUUUACCAGAUGGUCAGAGAGGGGUAUAUUGGAAAGUGUGUCAAAGGGCAGUGGGAGUUGAGAUUAUUACCCAUACUGACACCGGCAUUAAUGUACUGGAGGUGGCAGCAUUAACCACUAGAUCACUAGUAACCGUUAGACCACCUAAGCCACAUACUGUUUGAUGUUGUAUCAAACGCACAUCAAACCCAAUUACCUUUUUUAUUUCUAUCCCUGUGGUACUGAGGGAGCAGCAGCGCUAGCCUAGCUAACUCUCUAAUGGGUGAUUAGCUAUGCCACAGGCGCCCAUUCACGGCACCUUGUUGUUAUUGUGCCGCUUUUGGUUGAUUGCUGGUUAAAGAGCUAAUUCCAUGCAUGAGAGCGUUUCAUAUUUGGACAGAGAAUUUUACACGAUGGCAUCUGAUAGCCUGGGUCUGGCUGUGAAUGACAAAGCACUGGUUAAUUCAGCCAAUAGGGAGUCUAUUUUGUCUGUAUGUGUCAUCUGGGUGUGCGUCCGUGUUUUCAGCAGACCUACAUAUUUUGCAGGAGCCCGGUUGUUAAUUGGAGAAUAAAACAGGCUGAUUCGUAUGUUCAUCCGUCUAUUGAUUGAUUGACUCUGUUCUCUGUUUUAGGAACACAUCAUCAAACACAUCCUGAGUUCAGCCAGAGAUGAGCCUUCAGCCCCAGCCAGGUAUUUUUCUCGCAUCUCGAGGCCUUGAAUUAAAAGACAAUAAACAUUUACAGACUACACUGACAUAGAUAUACGAAAAACAUACAUAGACAUUUGUUAGGUAGAUUACUAGCAUAUGAGAGUAAGCAGUCUUUGUCUCUCUGACCUGAGGAAGACAUCUGCCUAGCAGAUUAAUGUAAUAAUAAUGAUGAUAAUGGUAGUGGCAGACAAUAGGCCAUGAGAGCUGGGGUUUUGGAGGGCAAAAUAAUAAUGUCUUGUCAUCCAUACUAUAACCUAGCCAGACAUACAGAUUAAGCCAAGUGUCAUCUGAAGUAAUCCACUGACUGUAGGCUUAUGGGGGAGUGGGGAGUAGUGUACUCCCCUUGCCACCCUCUGUGUCCCAAAUGGAACCCUAUUCUCUAUAUAGUGCACUACUUUUGACCAGAGCCCUAUGGGCCCUGUUAAAAAUUCUAUUUUUUUGUCCAUUAAAAUAACAUAACAUUGAUCAGAAAUACAGUAUAGACAUAGUUAAUGUUGUAAAUGGCUAUUGUAGCUAGAAACUGCAGGUUUUUAAUGGAAUAUCUACAUAGGCAUACAGAGGCCCAUUAUCAGCAACCAUCAGUCCUGUGUUCCAAUGGCACGUUGUUUGCUAAUCCAAGUUUAUCAUUUUAAAAGGCUAAUUGAUCAUUAGAAAACCCUUUUGCAAUUAUGUUAGCACAGCUGAAAACUGUUGUGCUGAUUAAAGAAGCAAUAAAACUGGCCUUCUUGAGCCUAGUUGAGUAUCUGGAGCAUCAGCAAUUUUGGGUUUGAUUACAUGCUCAAAAUGGCCAGAAACAAAUAACUUUCUUCUUAAACUCGUCAGUCUAUUCUUGUUCUGAGAAAUGAAGGCUAUUCCGCUCUGUACUACUCCCUUCACAGAACAGCGCAAACUGGCUCUAACCAGAAUAGAAAGGAUGGGAGGCCACGGUGCACAACUGAGCAAGAGGACAAAUACAUUAGUGUCUAGUUUGAGAAACAGACUCCUCACAGGUCCUCAACUGGCAGCUUCAUUAAAUAGUACCCGCAAAACACCAGUCUCAACGUCAACAGUGAAGAGGCGACUCCGGGAUGCUGACGCUCUAGGCAGAGUUGCAAAGAAAAAUACAUAUCUCAAACUGGCCAAUAAAAACAAAAGAGUAAAAUGGGCAUUCUGAUAUAUGGCUUUUUCUUUGCAACUCUGCCUAGAAGGUUAGCAUCCCGGAGUCGCCUCUUCACUGUUGACGUUGAGACUGGUGUUUUGCGGGUACUAUUUAAUGAAGCUGCCAGUUGAGGACCUGUGAGGAGUCUGUUUCUCAAACUAGACACUAAUGUAUUUGUCCUCUUGCUCAGUUGUGCACCGGGGCCUCCCACUCCUCUUUCUAUUCUGGUUAGAGCCAGUUUGCGCUGUUCUGUGAAGGGAGUAGCACACAGUGUUGUACGAGAUCUUCAGUUUCCUGGCAAUUUCUCGCAUGGAAUAGCCUUCAUUUCUCAGAACAAGAAUAGACUGACGAGUUUCAGAAGAAAGUUAUUUGUUUGGAACACAGGACUGGUUGCUGAUAAUGGGCCUCUGUAUGCCUAUGUAGAUAUUCCAUAAAAAAAUCUGCAGUUUCUAGCUACAAUAGCCAUUUUCAGCAUUAACAAUGUCUACACUGUAUUUCCGAUCAAUUUGAUGUUAUUUUAAUGGACAAAAAAAUUGCUUUUCUUUAGAAAACAAGGACAUUUCUAAGUGACCCCAAACUUUUGAACGGUAGUGUAUGUAAAUGUGAUAUUUCAGGUUUUUAUUUUUCAUAAAUGUUGCAAACAUUUCUAAAAACCUGUUUUUGUUUUGACAUUAUGGUAUAUUGUGUAUAGAUUGAUGAGGGGGGGAAAAACAAUUUAAUCCAUUUUAGAAUAAGGCUGUAAUGUAACAAAGUGGAAAAUGUCAAGGGGUCUGAAUACUUUCCAAAUGCACUGUUUGUAUGUGUUCAUGUUGGUUUAUUGGUUACCAACUUUAACAUGUGACGUUAUUUAUAAUGGGUUAAGAUGUCUGUUAAAUAAAAAACAGCCCAAUUGAAAAUUAAUGGGAGUUGUGUUGUGUCCCCCCCCCCCCUCCCCCCCGUCAGGUGUGUGGCCCUGUGCAGUCUGGGUAUCUGGCUGUGUGAGGAGUUGGUCCACGGCACCCAACACCCUCAGAUCAAAGAAGCCCUCAACGUCGUCUGUGUCACUCUGAAGGUAGAUAUAUAUAAUAUGCCACUUACUUAGCAGAUGCUUUUGUCUAAAGUGACUAAUAGUUCAGUGAGUGAGUGCAUACAUUUCUAGUAUGUGUAUGUGAUUGCUACGGGAAUUGAACCCAUAACCUUGGUGCUAUUGGCAUCAUUGGAGUCAUCUGCCAUGCACAUUGACUUGAAAUUUGAAAUGUGUUGCCUUGCCUUCAUCCCUUGCCAUGGGAAGUGUACUGUUGCAGUCCCUGGUUAGCAGUAGCGCAGCAGUCUCUCCCUGUGGCCUUCCCUGGUCUGUGUGGUGUUUACUGGCACAGUUAGUUUCAGCCUGCCUGCCUGGAGAGAGAGAGAGAGCGAUGGGCUGCACUGAGUAGCCAGAAGAAGCUUACUGACAGUACCGACUGGUCUGCUCUGGCCCCCCCACCCACCUCACACACACCACCCAACUCCAACCCAGCUAAAUCUGGCCUGACUGUCAACAUGUUUGGCUUCUCCACUGCUCUCCACUCUGCUCAGACAGAAGGCGAAGGCUAAUCCAGUGAAGAAUGCAUGCUCCACCGACCUCAAGGAAUUAUUAUAUUUCUGUCGUCUGAAAUGAGGGUGCUCGCCAAAUGGCCCCCCUUCUCUCCCUCCUCCUCUCCAUACUGUUAUCCAAUCAAAUGGGAUGGCUGGUGAUCCGGCCCAUUGUUUUGUGUGGGCAUUGGCACUGCUGCUCUGGAGAAGCACUCUGCACUCUUCCUGAGCCAGGGUCACAAUGAGAAGAAGAGGAGGGGGGUUGUCUCCCUGAGCCCCUCACACACUCACAAUGACUUUCUCAAUUGUCUAAAAGGUCAGUCCUCUCUUCACCUCCUUUAUUGCAUGGAACUGAAAUAAAUAACUGACCAGGUUGAAAGCCUGUCACCUUUUCACCUAUGAAGUAUUUUCCAAUCGGUGCAGAUGAAGGGGAGGAGAUUUUUAAGCAAUUAAGAUGGAGCCAGAAGGAGGAGCAGGAGACAGGAGGAUUGCCUCUCCCUGAGCCCCUGCAGCCUACACCCUCACAAUGGGAGGAGAAGGAUGGUCGAGCCCCCCACCCUCCCUCACAAUGCGUUUAUGGGCCUCUUCCAGUCAGCAGAAUUAGGCUCAUCCACAUCUUAAUCCUGAUCACAGAUCAAGACCGUCUCUGACACAGUGUGCUGUUUUUCUCCUGUCAGCUUGGCUCUACACCAGGGAUGGGCAACUUUGAUGGGGGUGGGGGCCAUAAAAUCUGAACUCAUCAUGAGGGGCCACAGUGGCUCACGGGUCUGCGUACCCACAUCCAUACCCACACAUGCAGUCAGACCCCUAGCCUUUUGGGGGCCCUAUGUGUGUGGGGGCAGUUUUAAAGCAAGUUUGCUGCAAUUCUACCAUUUUGCCAUGGAGCGGAGAGAAGAUUUAGCAAUGUUAUAACUAAUUUCAUGCAAUUCUACUAAUUAUGCCAUAAGCUGGAGAGAAAUGUUUUCAGUUUUUAAUAUGAUAUCUGAGUGAGUGACUAACAAAAUAAAUGGGCGCCCCCCCCCCGGUCACUAAAUCAACCAUGAUUACUACAAAUUUAAAUUUAGCUGGCUAGACUAAUUUACCAAUUUACAAAAUGUUAGCUAACAUGGGCUUAUUAAGUGACUGACUGAUAAAACAAGCGAUAAAUUGCUGAUGCACAACCAAACGGGCCGCCUGUUGCCCAUCCCUGCGCUACACUACAUCUGCUGAGAGUAGUCAGUGUGUGUUCAUGUCUGCAUGUUUUUCUGUUUUGUUUUUCAGUUUCCAAAUAAAACUGUUGCGCUGGUGGCCUCCGACAUUCUGCACCUGCUCAUAAACUAUGUCGAUGACCUUCAGAAAUUCCCGCCAGACACUCCAAAGAAAAUAGUUCAGGUAAAUUUGCGUCUCCAUUUUAUUUAUGUAAUAAGGUACAGUACCAGUCAAAAGUUUGGACACACCUACUCAUUCCAAUAAUAGUGAAGAAAUCAAAACUAUUAAAUAACACAUAUGGAAUCAUGUAUUUUAUAUUUGAGAUUCUUCAAAUAGCCACCCUUUGCCUUGAUGACAGCUUUGCACACUCUUGGCAUUCUCUCAACCAGCUUCAUGAGGUAGUCACCUGGAAUGAAUUUCAAUUAACAGUGUGCCUUGUUAAUCUGUGGAAUUUAUUUCCUUCUUAAUGCGUUUGAGCCAAUCAGUUGUGUUGUGACAAGGUAAGGGGGGUAUACAGAAGAUAGCCGUAUUUGGUAAAAGACCAAGUCCAUAUUAUGGCAAGAACAGUUCAAAUAAGCAAAGAGAAACGACAGUCCAUCAUUUCUUUAAGACAUGAAGGUCAGUCAAUCUGGAAAAUUUCAAGAACUUUGAAAGUUUCUUCAAGUGCAGUCGCAAAAACCAUCAAACGCUAUGAUGAAACUGGACCGCCACAGGAAAGGAAGACCCAGAGUUACCUCUGCUGCUGAGGAUAAGUUCAUUAGAGUUAACUGCACCUCAGAUUGCAGCCCAAAUAAAUGCUUCAGGGAGUUCAAGUAACCGACACAUCUCGACAUCAACUGUUCAGAAGAGACUGCAUGUAUCAGGCCUUCAUGGUCGAAUUUCUGCAAAGAAACCUACUAAAGGACACCAAUAAGAAGAAGAGGCUUGCUUGGGCCAAGAAACACGAGCAAUGGACAUUAGACCGGUGGAAAUCUGUCUUUUGGUCUGAUGAGUCCAAAUUUGAGAUUUUUGGUUCCAACCGGCGUGUCUUUGUGAGACGCAGAGUAGGUGAACGGAUGAUCUCCGCAUGUGUGGUUCCCAUUGUGAAGCAUGGAGGAGGAGGUGUUAUGGUGUGGGGGUGCUUUGCUGGUGAUACUGUCUGAUUUUAUUUAGAAUUCAAGGCACACUUAACCAGCAUGGCUACCACAGCAUUCUGCAGCGAUACGCCAUCCCAUCUGGUUUGCGAUUAGUGGGACUACCUUCAGGCUUUGUAAGGGCUAUUUGACCAAGAAGGAGAGUGAUGGAGUGCUGCAUCAGAUGACCUGGCCUCCACAAUCACCCGACGCCAAUCCAAUUGAGAUGGCUUGUGAUGAGUUGGACCGCAGUGAAGGAAAAGCAGCCAACAAGUGCUCAGCAUACAGUGAGGGGAAAAAAGUAUUUGAUCCCCUGCUGAUUUUGUACGUUUGCCCACUGACAUGAUCAGUCUAUAAUUUUAAUGGUAGGUUUAUUUGAACAGUGAGAGACAGAAUAACAACAACAAAAUCCAGAAAAACGCAUGUCAAAAAUUGUAUAAAUUGAUUUGCAUUUUAAUGAGGGAAAUAAGUAUUUGACCCCUCUGCAAAACAUGACUUAGUACUUGGUGGCAAAACCCUUGUUGGCAAUCACAGAGGUCAGACGUUUCUUGUAGUCGGCCACCAGGUUUGCACACAUCUUAGGAGGGAUUUUGUUCCACUCCUCUUUGCAGAUCUUCUCCAAGUCAUUAAGGUUUCGAGGCUGACGUUUGGCAACUCGAACCUUCAGCUCCCACCACAUAUUUUCUAUGGGAUUAAGGUCUGGAGACUGGCUAGGCCACUCCAGGACCUUAAUGUGCUUCUUCUUGAGCCACUCCUUUGUUGCCUUGGCCGUGUGUUUUGGGUCAUUGUCAUGCUGGAAUACCCAUCCACGACCCAUUUUCAAUGCCCUGGCUGAGGGAGGGAGGUUCUCACUCAAGAUUUGACGGUACAUGGCCCCGUCCAUCGUCCCUUUGAUGCGGUGAAGUUGUCCUGUCCCCUUAGCAGAAAAACACCCCCAAAGCAUAAUGUUUCCACCUCCAUGUUUGACAGUGGGCAUGGUGUUCUUGGGGUCAUAGGCAGCAUUCCUCCUCCUCCAAACACGCGAGUUGAGUUGAUGCCAAAGAGCUUGAUUUUGGUCUCAUCUGACCACAACACUUUCAUCUGACCACAACACUUUCACCCAGUUCUCCUCUGAAUCACUCAGAUGUUAAUUGCAAACUUCAGACGGCCCUGUAUAUGUGCAGGAUUUCAGUCCUUCACGGCGUAGUGUGUUACCAAUUGUUUUCUUGGUGACUAUGGUCCCAGCUGCCUUGAGAUCAUUGACAAGAUCCUCCCGUGUAGUUCUGGGCUGAUUCCUCAUCGUUCUCAUGAUCAUUGCAACUCCACGAGGUGAGAUCUUGCAUGGAGCCCCAGGCCGAGGGAGAUUGACAGUUCUUUUGUGUUUCUUCCAUUUGUAAAUAAUUGCACCAACUGUUGUCACCUUCUCACCAAGCUGCUUGGCGAUGGUCUUGUAGCCCAUUCCAGCCUUGUGUAGGUCUACAAUCUUGUCCCUGACAUCCUUGGAGAGCUCUUUGGUCUUGGCCAUGGUGGAGAGUUUGGAAUCUGAUUGAUUGCUUCUGUGGACAGGUGUCUUUUAUACAGGUAACAAACUGAGAUUAGGAGAACUCCCUUUAAGCGUGUGCUCCUAAUCUCAGCUCGUUACCUGUAUAAAAGACACCUGGGAGCCAGAAAUCUUUCUGAUUGAGAGGGGGUCAAAUACUUAUUUCCCUCAUUAAAAUGCAAAUCAAUUUAUAAAAUUUUUGACAUGCGUUUUUCUGGAUUAUUUUGUUGUUAUUCUGUCUCUCACUGUUCAAAUAAACCUACCAUUAAAAUUAUAGACUGAUCAUUUCUUUGUCAGUGGGCAAACGUACAAAAUCAGCAGGGGAUCAAAUACUUUUUUCCCUCACUGUAUGUGGGAACUCCUUCAAGACUGUUGGAAAAGCAUUCCACAUUAAGCUGAUUGAGAGAAUGCCAAGAGUGUGCAAAGCUGUCAUCCAGGCAAAGGGUGGCUAUUUGAAGAAUCUCAAAUAUAAAAUAUAUUUUGAUUUGUUUAACACUUUUUUGGUUACUACAUGAUUCCAUAUGUGUUAUUUCAUAGUUUUGAUGUCUUCACUAUUAUUCUACAAUGUAGAAAAUAGUAAAAAUAAAGAAAAUCCUUAAAUGAGUAGGUGUGUCCAAACUUUUGACUGGUACUAUAUGUAAAUUAUUCCUGGAGCUUUUGAAGAGUAGCCUUUUUCAUUAUAAAACAAUACUAUGUAUCUUUUUGCUUUCAAUUUUGUUUCAGAUCCUCAUAGCGACCAUAACUCACCUACUCCCCACUACAGAAUCUUCCCCUCAUGAACUGGACAAGAGGGUAUGUCACCUCACCUCAUACACAGCUCUCCUAGUUAAAUGGAGACCUAUUAAUAAUAAUAAUAAUAAUAAUAAUGUUUUUUGCAGAAGUACAAUUUAGUUGUUUUCAUGAUGAGCCAGUAUUUUGUUCUCUGUUGUUGCUUUAUUGAUUAAAUCAAACUGUAUUUGUUGUGGCCUGUCUGUCACUAGUUGGUGGUGUCUCUGCUGUUGUGCCUGCUGGACUGGGUGAUGGCUCUGCCUCCAAAGACUCUGCUGCAGCCUGUCCAAUCACUCAGCCCUGACAAGGACAUGCCAGACAAGUCUGUCCUCAGCUGUAUCUAUAAGGUAUGCCCAAUCCCAAAUGGAACCCUUGCCCAUACUUUCUAAAUGAUCUUUCUGUAGUAGCGUUGUGAAUUGAUUGACUUCAAGACAAUAUUUAAUGCCGACGUAUCCGUUUUUACUUGUACAUAUGCUAGCAGGGAUCUCUGGUUAGCAUUGACGCAGCAUACCGUGGAGUGCCGAACCCAACCCAUGUAGUAGCACUUCUUUGUGUUUAGGGUUCUUUCAUUUACUAAUGGAGCUAUUAGCGGUGGGUUUCUGUGGCAGGGUGUCUGUCUAUCUGUCUCUCUUUUAAGUCAUUAAUGGUGGACCAGUUCAGGACUGCUUCGUUACACCUUUAAUACAGACUGGGGGGCCUCCUUCCUAAUGCAUGCCACAGCUGGCACUGAGUGCACCCAGAAUCACUCACUCCUCAAUAGACAGUACUCAAUCACAGCAUUCUCUCUUCCCAUUACCACCGUUUCUCUGUCUCCAUGGAAACACACUGCAACGGAUUGGCAGAUAAUUUAAUUACUUUCUCUCUGUUUCUUUCUUUCUCUCUCUAUAGAAAACUACUGUAGUGUUAAUUGAUUGAUUUCUUUGGGCUUUCUCCGCUCUCCCAUAUCUCCCCUUUCUUCCCUUCUCUAUCCCCAGGUGCUGCAUGGCUGUGUGUAUGGGGCCCAGAACUUCAACAGCCCCAGGUAUUUCCCCAUGAACCUGUCAGACCUGACUAGUCCUGACUACGACCCCUUCCUGCUGCUGGAGAGUCUGAAGGAGCCAGAGCCCCUCCACUCCCCUGACUCAGAACGCUCCUCCAAAUUACAGCCUGUCACCAAGGGUAAGAACACAACACCCAUGUUUACUACCUCUUCUCCUGCUUUUCUUCUGCUACUUCUCCUUUUCAAAGACACUUUGUAAUCUCUACCUAUCCUACUCUUUCAUGUUUUUUGAGAGUCUCCAGAGUCUAUAUAACCUUGUGGAUAUUCAGAAGCCCCUUUUAGAAACAUAUUGGUUGCACUUUACACUAUAGAGUAACUAUAACCAUGUUAUUACCAUUAUUCCAAUGCAAACAUUUUUGUUGUUGCCCCACUGAAAUAAUACCAACUAUCAGAGGAGGAGAGGGAAAAUGGAUGAGCUGAGUCCAGUCAGUGUGGCAGCUCUGCUCUGCCUCAGGUCUGGCCUAGCCCAGAUAUGUCUGUAGCCUUCAUCAUCAUGGUGUCUAAUGGAGGGUACCACUAUAUCAGUGCUAGGUGUGGCCUGGCUUGUUAAAGGUAGCAGUGCUAAGGACUGAAUGUGAUGUGAAUGCUGCUAGGUUCCUCUGUGUCCUGACUCCUGUGUUAGAUUCAGAGCAGCAGGGGGUCUCUGUACCUGGGAACCUGCAGCUUUUUCCAUCAGGAGAAAAUGACUAAUCAUUGGAGCACUUUGUGAGGCAUGCUUCUUUCCUUCCAAAGUUGUUAGCAACUAACUGUCUUUCUCUCCGGUCCUCUAUCUAUCUAUUUAUUUGUUAAUUUCAUUCCUUUUCUUUUGGGGUGUCAGAGGAUGGAUGCAUGGAUGGAUGGCAGGAGGGAAGGGAAACGUUACCUUUUAUUUAACCCUUAUUUAUACAGGUUUGCCUCAUUGAGAUAAAAAUCGCUUUUGCAAGAGAGACCUGUACCUAAAAGGGCCCCUUCGAUUUUGUUGGAGAGAAACCUGUCUUCGUGUCCUGUCGAUAGUUGCAUUCUUUUUCCCUGUAAUGGCUCGCUCAGGGUUUGUGCAGCUCUGUGUGACUGUAAUUAUGCUUAUUGGAAAGGGAUAGCUGCUAGCACACGGAGUGUGAUGGCAUUGGCUUGUUCUCUGUAUGGUGCCACACAGAAAUACAAAGAGAUUCUCAGUUGGAGCCAUUGAGGUAUCUAGUGUUCUAACUGGAAGCUAGCAUUCUACUACACAGACCCUGCUUUCUUCAUCAUACCCUUAAUGCUCUUUGAUUGGCUAGAUUCCACAGACUUGAGUCCUCUCCCUCAUCCCCCUACGCUCUGUUGGAGAUCUACUCUGACACUACAAAUACCUGGUCCCACUGGGAAGAGCUGAUACCUACAUGUUAUUGACUGACUGGCUGACUGGCUGACUGGCUGGCUGACUGGCUGGCUGACUGGCUGACUGGCUGGCUGGCUGGCUGGCUGGCUGACUGGUUGGCUGACUUCUCUUUUUCUAUCUCUUCUCUGUUUAUUGACACUGGCCUUGAGAAAUGUCAACAUUAAACCGAUUCCAAUAUAUACCCCUGUUCUUCUUUUAGAGCUCUUUCUCUCUUUAUCUCCUUAUUCUUUCUCGUGUUCUUCCUCUCUCCCUGUAGUGCGGAGCCGUAUCCAGCACGGUCUGAUCUCCAUCGCAGCCAGGACAGUCAUCACCCACCUCGUCAACCACCUUGGCCACUACCCCAUGUCUGGAGGCCCUGCCACCUUGACCAGCCAUGUCUGUGAGAACAUGGACAACCCCUACAGCGAGAGCCCUGAUCUGGCCCCAGAGCUCUUCGACGGGCCCAACCUACAGUUCUUUGUUCUGAACGGUACCACCCUCCUGUCCUGUCUCCAGAUCCGAGCUGAGGACGGUGUGCCCGGAGGGGGGAUGUCUGCAGGCCUCACCACCACCAGCGCCUGUGUGAGGGUUAUUGUUAGGGAUAUCUCCGGCAAACACUCGUGGGACUCGGCUGUACUGUAUGGCCCGCCUCACUGUGGCGUUCCUAAUCAGUCCCUGCACCUCUACAGUAGCAGACCUACAGAGAGCAUGACAGAGAGAACGAAUACAGAUGGGGAGAAGGAGAAGAACCGAGCAGGGGAGCUUGGAGAGCGGGAAGAGGAGGAGAGGGAAGAUGGGGCCACGCUGGAGGAGGGAGAAGAGGAGGUGGUGGUGCUGGGAGAGGAUGAGCUGGGAGAGGAGGAGCAGGGGGAGGCUGUGGAGGAGGGAGGAGAGGAAGACGAGGGGGAUGAGGAAGAGGAGGAAGGUGCCUUGGAGCUGAUGGCCCCGCUGGCCAAGCGUGUCUGUCGGGAGGCGGUUCCGUCCUGGGACUCCCUUCGAGAAGAUGACGUUCUAGAUGAGAUGCUGCAGUACCUGGGCUACUCCAGCCCCGAGUGUCUGCAGCGUGCCGGAGCCCCCCUUAACAUCCCCGCCCCGCCCCCUGUCUGCGUCUCAGAGAAGCAGGAGAACGAUGUGAUCAACGCCAUCCUGAAGCAGUGUGCUGAGGAGAGGGACUUUGCACUGCACAAGGGGAAUGGGCUGAACAUGAGGGCCGUGGAGCAGGGGGAGCCGGGGCCCCAGAGGCCUCAGUCAGCCUUCUACUACUGCAGGCUGCUACUCAACAUCCUGGGCAUGAACUCCUGGGAGAAGAGGUGAGAGAGAGAGAGAGGGAGACCCACCACACCACAAACUAGGGUCCUGUUCAGUGGGGCAAGAAGCAGGAGAAAAUGUUUUGAAACUGAAUGAAACGGCGAGGUACUAUCUUAACUUAAAAAUGCAAAUUUUCAGUUUCCAUUUCAGACAGUUUCAAAAAGUUUUGCUACAGUGUGCCCUACUGAACACAACCAAAAUCAUAGUUUACAGUUGAUUUGAAGUUUUUAUAACAAAAUAGCUUUAUUCUGCAGGUAUUAGUUUAGAGUACUGGGACAUUUGAUGACAAUGUUUUAGAGAUCCAGUAGAUUCAUGGAUGGGUAUGUGAUGAUUUAACUUUAGCUUGUCGGCUUUGGCUUGUUUUCCUAGCUUGUUCUAGUUACUGUGCUAAAUUCAGAUAGUGGGAAAAUGCGUUCUGUGUCACUGCUACCGCCAGCCUUGUUUGUCUCUCAGCCCGUCAGAUUUAGUAUAAUCAGCUCAGACUAGAUAGUCUCUCUCUCUCUCUCUCCCUCUCUCUCUCUCUCUCUCUCUCUCUCUCUCUCUCUCUCUUUGUCUCUGUUUAUCUCUCGCUCUCUCUGUGUCUGUCUCUCUCUCUUUGUUUCUCUCUCUAUAAUCUCAUCCACCUCAUUAUCACCACACUUCACUUAUAUUACUUUACUUAGAUUAAUUUCCGAAGCAGCUAUUUCUGAUGGCUUUUCUCAUUGCAUUGAUGUCUUUGAAGUAUUAUCUCAUUGUAUUACUAGAGAUGGAUGCUGGGUCUUUAUUGAUGAGAACUAAUUGGGAUAAAUGGAAACCGCGCAUCACAUCGAGCCCUAAUGGCCUUGUUCAGUGAACACAUGUUUUCUCCAUCCAUCUAUCCAGGAGCAGUGAUGGACAUAACAAAAUAGCCCCUUCCAUUCAUUUCUCCCAUUCAUUACUCGUCACAAAAUAUAUCUUUAACAGGUUUAUGUGUUUGAUGAAGGGGAGAGGGGGGUUAUAUGAGUGUGAGGGGGGUUAUAUGAGUGUGAGGGGGGUUAUAUGAAAUAUAUCUUAUCAGUGGAAUGGAGGGACAGGCACUAGAACAUACAUGUAUUAGCCUACUCACAUCAUACAAAGGGAGAAUAAAAGGACACACAGACUUAAAAUCCCUGCCUCUCUCUCUCCUUUUUUAAAAUACAAAUCGAAACCUUUAUUAAAUCACAAUUUAAGUGAAAAAGAAUGCAUCACUCUCCUUCUCCUGGCAUUCAGUGUUUCCCCUUGGAUUGUUUUUAACAGCGGUGGCAAAGUUAGCGUAGUGGGCGUGGCCAAUUGCGCGGUCUCCAACCAAAGAUUUUACAGGCCCUCCUCUUGGCCGCUGAUAUUUUUGCUAUUUUAAAGCUAAUUUCCUGCAAUUCAACAACAAAUAAAUAAUGGGGCAGAGAGGGAAUUUGCAGUUUUCAAGCUACUUUCCUGCAAUUCUAUAAUUCUUUCCAUGAGUGGCUCAAGCUUUAUAACAUUUUUUGAAUUCUAAACGCUUUUCAGACAGCCAGCGGAAUAUCGCAGCGAGUACCCCGCCUAGUACACCACUUGUCCCUUUAGUCAAAGCGGCUAGUGCCUUCACACACGAGGGUGACAGCCGCCGGUGACCAUAGCAACAAAACAAACAAACAUUAUCGACGUACAAAAAAAUUAUCGCUAUAAAACCAUAAGCAUGCAUAACAAUGUAUUUACAUGCAACAGAAAUUAUUUUUGUUAAACGUGACUCUAAACUGAUUGUGUGGGCAAGUGAGCUGGUUCUGCUGUUGGACAUACGUGCUGACGUAUCCCCACGCAGGCUACGUUUUCUACUGUGAUUGGUCAACAACGACAGCACUGCUUGAAUAAUAGAGCAGAAUCCUAUUUUCUCCGCCUCGGCCAGGAGCACCACUGACCGCUCCACCUGGAUAGAAUUUUGCCCCCGCCUAGGCUUCAUUGAAAAUGAAUGGGCCAGCCUUUCCGCCGCGCGCUGUCUGUCAGCUCAUUUAGACUCUGACUGCCUAGUUUUUAUUGGUGAUUGUUAGUUCUCAAAGAUGAUCUUAUAAAAAAUAUAGCUUCUUUAUCUUUUCUACAUACAGUGAGGGGAAAAAAGUAUUUGAUCCCCUGCUGAUUUUCUACGUUUGCCCACUGACAAAGAAAUUAUCAGUCUAUAAUUUUAAUGGUACGUUUAUUUGAACAGUGAGAGACAGAAUAACAACAAAAUAUUCCAGAAAAACGCAUUUCAAAAAUGUUAUAAAUUGAUUUGCAUUUUAAUGAGGGAAAUAAGUAUUUGACCCCUCUCAAUCAGAAAGAUUUCUGGCUCCCAGGUGUCUUUUAUACAGGUAACGAGCUGAGAUUAGGAGAACACGCUUAAAGGGAGUGCUCCUAAUCUCAGUUUGUUACCUUUAUAAAAGACACCUGUCCACAGAAGCAAUCAAUCAAUCAGAUUCCAAACUCUCCACCAUGGCCAAGACCAAAGAGCUCUCCAAGGAUGUCAGGGACAAGAUUGUAGACCUACACAAUGCUGGAAUGAGCUACAAGACCAUCGCCAAGCAGCUUGGUGAGAAGGUGACAACAGUUGGUGCGAUUAUUCGCAAAUAGAAGAAACGCAAAAUAACUGUCAAUCUCCCUCGGCCUGGGGCUCCAUGCAAGAUCUCACCUCGUGGAGUUGCAAUGAUCAUGAGAACGGUGAGGAAUCAGCCCAGAACUACACGGGAGGAUCUUGUCAAUGAUCUCAAGGCAGCUGGGAUCAUAGUCACCAAGAAAACAAUUGGUAACACACUACGCCAUGAAGGACUGAAAUCCUGCAGCGCCCGCAAGGUUCCCCUGCUCAAGAAAGCACAUAUACAGGCCCGUCUGAAGUUUGCCAAUGAACAUCUGAAUGAUUCAGAGGAGAACUGGGUGAAAGUGUUGUGGUCAGUUGAGACCAAAAUUGAGCUCUUUGGCAUCAACUCAACUCGCCGUGUUUGGAGGAGGAGGAAUGCUGCCUAUGACCCCAAGAACACCAUCCCCACCGUCAAACAUGGAGGUGGAAACAUUAUGCUUUGGGGGUGUUUUUCUGCUAAGGGGACAAGACAACUUCACCACAUCAAAGGGAGGAUGGACGGGGCCAUGUACCGUCAAAUCUUGGGUGAGAACCUCCUUCCCUCAGCCAGGGCAUUGAAAAUGGGUCGUGGAUGGGUAUUCCAGCAUGACAAUGACCCAAAACACACAGCCAAGGCAACAAAGGAGUGGCUCAAGAAGAAGCACAUUAAGGUCCUGGAGUGGCCUAGCCAGUCUCCAGACCUUAAUCCCAUAGAAAAUCUGUGGAGGGAGCUGAAGGUUCGAGUUGCCAAACGUCAGCCUCAACCUUAAUGACUUGGAGAAGAUCUGCAAAGAGGAGUGUGUGCAAACCUGGUGGCCAACUACAAGAAACGUCUGACCUCUGUGAUUGCCAACAAGGGUUUUGCCACCAAGUACUGUCAUGUUUUGCAGAGGGGUCAAAUACUUAUUUCCCUCAUUAAAAUGCAAAUCAAUUAAUAACAUUUUGACAUGCGUUUUUCUGGAUUUUUUUGUUGUUAUUCUGUCUCUCACUGUUCAAAUAACCUACCAUUAAAAUUAUAGACUGAUCAUGUCUUUAUCAGUGGGCAAACAUACAAAAUCAGCAGGGGAUCAAAUACUUUUUUUCCUCACUGUACUUUAUAUCUGGUUUUAGUCGUUUAAGUUUACACCCAGUCCUUGGCCAUAACUGCCAUUUACUUACAGACAUUAUUUUUGUGUGUGGGGGGCGUGCAAGCAGGCACUGCGUAAUAUCGGCCAUUCAUGCUGUUCCCGCUUGCCGCCUCUGAAAUGGCUCACAUUCAAUGGAGAAAAUGAAGACCAUUACAUUGUAACAAGCUAAUAAAGAGGCCCGUACUCAAAGGAUGGGAGGAGGAAAAACACCACGAAACAAAGUCAUUUUAUGAAAGUAGUCGUGGCUUUUACACCCCCCCCCCCCCCCACUUGAGGACCUCUCACCUACAAUGAGCUGCUAAUGUUAUCUCCAGAUGGGAGAACAUAAUGCACAAUUUUAAAAGCUCCAUAUCUAAUGUUGCGACGCCGGUAACUAAAAUCUAAGCUUAUUGAUUUCUGAGGAUCAUCUGUCCAUUGCGUGCUAUAAAGUAGCAGGGUAGUUGUGUUUUUAGCUCAAUCUUGUGAGUGAUGAUUUUGGGGGGGGGGUUCUCCCCAGAGUUACUGCCACCACUGCAUGCCAUCUUGUUUGGCUGUGGUUUACUCAAUUGGUCUGAUUUUCCAGGAAAUACUGUGACAAAAACAAAGAGGUGGCCAAUUAGGAGUGUGGGCCUGUUAAUGAUGGAGAGGUAGUCUGUGGAGGGAGAGGUCUGGGGGCUAGUCAGUGAAUAUCUGUGGACUAUAGCCCUAAUCACCUGAUCACCGUCUGCCUGUAGGGAGUGAGGAUGCUGGGCCUUGUUGUUGUGACUAGAAUAGAUACAUUAUUGUCCAUACUCUGUUUGUUGUUGCAGUCAAGCUUGAUAAUCCUUUAGAACCUAUGCCAAGACCUCUGUGUUGUAAAUAUAAUCUGUAGUCUAUGUAGAAUCUAUGCCACAAUUCUUUAUGCCAAUGGCAUAUACACUUGUUGUUUUCUGUCAUAGGAGCAACUUCCAUCUCCUGAAGAAGAACGAGAAGCUGCUUAGAGAGCUGAAGAACCUCGACUCCAGGCAGUGGUAAGUUAGUGUUUCUCUUUCAGACUGAAAAAGUGACUGUUUUACUUUUAGGGAACAACAAAAAUGUGUACUUAUCUUUCUCUUGUUGUUCAUCAUCUUUUCUCCCAAUCCCCCUCUUUUCCUCUAGUCGAGAGACUCACAAGAUAGCCGUGUUUUACGUGGCGGAGGGGCAAGAGGACAAGCACUCUAUCCUGUCUAACACCAGUGGUAGUCAGGCCUACGAGGACUUUGUCUCUGGGCUGGGCUGGGAGGUAAGACAGACCCCGGCUCUCUGCACUACAACCUUUCAGUAUCUCUGUAUAUAAGCCUUAUAUUUGUCAUUAAUAGUGAGUUAUUGUUGAGUUAUGUUAAUAUUACGUUCUAUUGUUUUCUGCCUCUUGGAGUGACUUUGAGAAGUGGAUGGUUAGGGUUAAUGUAUGGUUGUGUCCAGUGCUGAUGGUCCUUUGUGUGUUUGUGUAUUCCAGGUGAAUCUGACCAGUCACUGCGGCUUCAUGGGAGGUCUUCAGAGGAAUAAGAGCACAGGUCUGACCACGCCUUACUUCGCCACCUCCACCGUCGAGGUCAUGUUCCACGUCUCCACACGCAUGCCCCCCGACUCCGACGACUCACUCACUAAAAAGGUCUGUUAUGUUGUUGCAGGAAAUGUGAAAAAAGUCAUGUCUGACUGCAACCCUGUUAUAUUCUCUUAUUGA